GGUGGCUGCAGGUUUAGAAUAUUUACUCAGGCAGUGUGAUUGGCUGGGCCUGGACUAGAGGGGAUAGAAGAAGCAUAUAUAUGGCCAGGUACUGGUCAGCAGCGGUUAGUUGGGAUGGUCUGUCCAGGCUGGUUGGCACCUGUGCUGGACAGGCAGAAGGAGGAGGCAGCAGAGAGCAUCAAAGAAGAAGAAAGAAGACCUGAAAGGCAAGCAAAGUGGUCAAAGAUGUGCUGGGUUAGAUGAAUUACUGGGCUUAGGCUGAAGAGAUAAGGGGAGAAGGAGAAGUGAGAGGCAGUUAAGAACGCCUGGCUCUGAUGUCUGGAGAGACAGAAAAAGAUUCCAGGACAGGACAGGGGGAGAUAUCUGCACUUUAGUAGGUCAGUAGAUAAUAAUAAUAAUAAUAAUAAUUUAUUAUUUAUAUCCCGCCCAUCUGGCUGGGUUCCCCCAGCCACUCUGGGUGGCUCUCAACAGAAUUAAAAGCACAAUAAAACAUCAAACAUUAAAAGCUUCCCUGAACAGGGCUGCCUUCAGUUGAGGUUGAAUCAGGAGCUUCAACAAAAGUAAUCAGUUAUAGCACUGGUGAGGCUUAACUGGGGUGGAGUAAGUACAAGGGCAAUUUGGCAAAAGGGCUUCAAGAGGGUACCUAAUUGCUUUCUCUUGGUUUAGUAGUGUAAAAUAAACUUUUUGGUAUUUAACAGUAAUGAGUUAGCAAAGUGUAUAUCCAUUUAAAAUGUGCUUACAUUAAGGUAAGCGCAUAAGUUUGUAUACCGCACAAUACAGUCAUAAACAAACACUAAUUUAUUUGUUAAAUACUAUAACUUCACUUGGCUGGCUUUUUAAUAUGCUUAUAGUUACAAGGGUUAUUGGUAAGUUAAGGCUUCAUGGGUUAUAGGUGAUAUUAAAUUGCGACAGUGGAAUGGGUUCAAGAAAACCAUUGGAAUGGAAGUUGGGCUUUGUUGAAAGGAUAAGUAAAGAAAUAACGCCCUUUCUCUCCACACAAGCAUACUCCCUCUUUUUAUUGCUUAGACCUGGAAGACCAGAAGAGACAAUCCCUUGCUUAUUCCCAUUUCCUCUACCCAAACCAAGCGAAAGAAAGAUGAGCACAAAGACCAGGCUCCUGGUUAUCACAUCCUUUGAAUCCGGGAGCCAACAAGAAGAAGUGACAGAAAAUGACAUGGUGUCAUCAUGGCAGGCUGUGCAUUUGAUUCUAUGAUGUCAUUUUGCCUUAAACAACUUGGGUCUAGGAUGCCUUAAGGACCAUCUGGAGGUUAUCUGGAGGAAUGCUGCAAGUUACAGAGGCCUGGCUGGCCACAACUGGAAAUCGAGCAUUUGGUGUCACUGGUCCCAUGCUGUGAAACAUGCUUCCAGCAGAGAUUCAACAGACAUCCUCCCUUUUGACUUUCUGGCAUCUCUCAAAUAGUUUUAUACCAACAGGUAUAAUGGGCAGCUAGUCGGAAAAUGAGCUGAUGUUUGAUGCUACUAGGAUAAGAAACACAAGCACUGUUUCAUAUAUAUCCUAGAUAAAGGCAACAGCACAGAAGUGUCAACUUUCCUGCUGAAAAAGCUUGCACAGGAUAUUAAAAAGAACAUAUAUAAAGGGGAAGCUAUACGGAAAGUCCCAAACUCUCCUUCACUUGUGGAAAAGGAAAAUAUUAUUAUAACCUCAUAUCAAGGGCUUAAGAUACAAAUUAGCCAAGAGAACAGGAGCAUUUAUAAAGCAUGAAAAAAUGCAACAUAUUCUGGUUUAUUUUAGCCAACCAUUUCAUUCAACUGCAUUGUACUCUUAUUGUGCCAAGACAAGGGAAUUUGGGGGAUUCCACAAACAAAGAAGGUGAUGCUUUCAAAACAAAUAAUUCCCCAAAUCCCAGUUGUUGUUAGAGGCAGCUUAAGUAGGGUGUGCGUUAUAAACCUUCAGCUGGCAGGUGUUAGUGGAUUAUUUGUGAGGAUUCUCCUUUCAAAUAAACCAGCACAAAUACAGCAAGCAGGCUAAGAUUUAUUCCAAAGCCUGAAAUAGAUUUACAGGUAUACACAAAUCCAACACUGCACUGCAAAAUGGCUCCUCCAAGCAAUAACAAUUAUUACAUGCAGUUUACAAAGGCUGGCAAAGAUUUCAGGUCAUUAUUUUCAGAAUGUAAUAUUACAUGGCAGCAUUAAAGAUAUUUAAAUCAGAAACAGGAACUGGAAAAAGCACUUAAUCAUCUUAACAUAUUGUCAAUGAUUUAGUUGUUGUUCCUAUAAUUAGAAAAGGUUCCACACAAUCUCUUCCCCUCCCUCAAUUAAAAUCAUGGAUAUUCAAGGGAAGAUGAAAGCUUUGGUGAUCUCGAAGGCAAAUGGACAAUAUCCUUAAAUAAACAGGAGGCAUUACCAGAGCACAAAACUUUGAACCAGUUAAGACAAGACACAACCACUCCUUUCCAGGUCAAAUAGCUUCUGAUGCAGCUUAUGAAACUGGUUGACAAAAACUCCAAGUGGCUCCAAGUCUCUUUAUUCCUUCAGAAUUCUUUUUUUUUCAUACGGUGUAGCAGCUAGAAGAGGAAGAUCACCCUGCCCAUUAUAUACCCAGUUGCUCACUGCAGCCUACUGGUGGGGGCCUCCGGCAGAUAUCAGGAAAUCCCAUUUUGCACAAUAUAGGAAUCAAGCCUUUAGUGUUGUGGCACCUACCUUUUGGGAUUUGCUCCCCUUAAAUAUUAGACAGGCCUCUAUUUAACACCUCCUGCUGCCUUUACAAUGCCCACUGAAGGCCUGCAUCUUCCAACAAGACUUUUAUGUAGAGAUCUUUCCCAGUCUGCAUAUAUUUUGGAGAUGUUUUUCGAUGUUUUGAUUGAUUUAUCUCUUGUGUAUGUCCCACCCCAGACUGCUUUGGAAGGAAGGGCAGGAUACACAUUAAUAAAGUAGCAACAAGUGAGAGCUGCAAUCCAUUUAUUUAUUACAGUUCUCUCCUACCUUUCCUCCAAGAAGCCCAGCGCAGUGCACACAGUUCUCUUCCCACCAUCUCCCGCCCUAAAAACAUCUGAGGGCUCUCCAACCCAUUACAGGAAACAGGCAUCAGUUAUUCUAAGCCAAAAACAAAGCAAUCUCUCUAACAAAUGAAGAUUAUCCAGUUACUGUGAGAAUAAUUGUCUCCUGUCAAAAUGAUUAUUUCGGCUAAGAUGAAUGGAAAAAACCCCUGCAAUAAUGAUGGAUGGAUGUGAAUGCAAUGAUUCUCAGUUCCUAUUUUUUAUGGCAAUCAGAAACACGUAUAAAUCUAUUCCUAAUCAUCCAACUAUUUGGACCAUCUUUCUGCCAUCCUCUGCACCAGGUGGCCUUAGGUAAGCCCCUAUUCUCUCAACAUCAUUAUAAUACUGCCCUACCUUCCAGCGUUGAGAACUGAAGCAAUCUCUGUCAAAUGCUAUUAGCAUAGGAAAGGGGUAUAGCUCAGUCACAGAGCAUCUGCUAAGGCCCUAAAUUUGAUCCCCAGCAUCUCCAGGUAGGACUAGAAACAUCUCCUUUCUGAAACCUUGGAGAGCCUCAGCCAAUCAGCGUUGACAACACUGAGCCAGUCAGACCAAUGUUCUGGCUCGGUAUAAGGCAACUUCCUAUGCAUUCCAUUAAAAUGCUAAGUGCAAUUGCGAUGUAGCCCACUACCCCCAAAAUGAGGCAGCUGUAAAUAGAAGACACACAACUUCAGUUCUAAAAUUGCUGAAUGCUAUGAGUGAGUAACAGUAAUACCACCCACAGGAAUGGCAAGGGCACAAGCAAGCUUUCCUUGUUGUGCAGGUGGUACAAAUCCAAAGCAGCUGUGCCUUGCCCUCAGGAUAUAAAAAGAGAGAAAAAUGUGAAACACACGCAGGCCGUGGAAAGGCGUCGGCGGCUUUUAAAAUUAAAAUGCUGGCUAUUUCUUAACUUGGCAUGACUGUAUAACGGCAACUGAACAGUAGUUUCCUUUUAAGGAUCGCAUCCCAUUAUGAGCAGCCCUUACCGUUUUCGUCUCCAGUUUUUUUCCGAAGAUCCUCUGCAGAAACGUUCACCAGCUGCAGGAUGAGGGGGCGCCGGGUGACAAUCCCUGUGCCUCGUGGGAGCAGGUCUCUCCCCACCAGACUUUCCAGCACAGAACUUUUCCCACUGCUCUGAAAACAGAAAAGGAAGCAAAGGAAUUGCAUAUUACAUUCUACUAUUCCAAUAUCCUUGAACAAAUGACAGAGUUGGGAGUUUCAUAGGUUGUGGACAGGUGUCAAUAAAAACCUCCCCGAAAAAAAUCAGGCUUUGAAAAAAAAGAUGGAUCUAUCUGUUGCAACAGAUCUAGACUGCCCUCUGUUGGCAAUUCUGCUUUUAUCCCAUCAUAGCAUUUCAUGAAAACCUAGCAUGAAAGGGAGGGAAACUAUAGCUGCCUCCCAGGCAUGGGUGUAGGGGCGGCAGCUGCCCCCCCUAGAUCAAGUAAUACAACAGAUGGGGUUGGAAAGUGAGAGAGGAAGUGUGCCAGACCAGACUCUGUUCCCAAUUCUACAGUGAGUACAACUGGUGAGGGAGAAAAAGCCUCAGAAAGAGCCCCAUGAUAAGUAGGAAAAAAUCAACAUUUAAAAGAUGGGGCGCUAAUGCAAGUACACCAUUACAUGCUAUUAAUCCUUUCUGCAACUAUAAUUAAAUAAUUUCAUCACUAAUUUUGAUGAACCUUUGCUGCAGUACUAACAGGCCAACCUAUCAGAAGCAGCUAAUUACGGAUCAUAAUGCUCUGAAGCAUUCGUUCAGAAAACAAUCCAAGAACUAUCAGAAGCUCAGCUAUGAUUUUUAAAAGGCACUUACAAUGUUAUAUGCCAGAGCUUAGAGUUUACAAAAGCAUAAAAAGUUACUGAAAAAUAUUACAAGGCUAACCGUAUUUAGUUACAGUCUAACCCAACUCAAACUAUCCCUCGCCUGACCACGUUGGCAGGGGCAAAUGGGAGUUUGAGUCCAACAUCUUAAGGACCAUGGGUUCCCCAUCUCUGACAUAAUCUGUCCUUACAGUGAUCCUCAGUACUCCAAAACUUGUUGACAUAUACUUCCAAUAAGCUCUAAUAAAUUUCCUUCUUCAAAUCGAGCAUAAAUUACACUGACUGCAAAUUAGUUUCUGGGCUCAAUUCCAGAGACUGAUUUUUAACCUUUAAAGCCCUAAAUGACAACUUGGGCCUGGCCUCAAAAUCUCCAUUUGUAUCAAUAUAAAUGGGUCAAUUUUUUUCUUUUUAGCUGCUGGUCUUACUGCUUAUUGUUGUUUGUUUGGGUUGUUUUUUACUGUAAACACUUCUGCAUACAUCCAUAACCUCAACAGUCUCCUUCAAAUGCUGUACUGUACAUUUUCUCUCUCUCUCUUCUGACAUAUAUAUAUAUAUAGAGAGAAAGAGAUAAUGAAUGAAUGAAUUUUACAUAAACCUCCUAUAGACACAAAACUGCAAGGCUGCCAUUGCACAACCCCCACUGGAGGACAUCUCAUUGCAAUAUUUCAGGAAGUCAUGGCAGGGGAGUGGAGCAAUAAAAGAGGCAGGUUUUAAAGGGGUGGUUUUAAACAGCAGCCGAGGUCUGACUCAAACAGGAAUGGAGGGACACAGCGGAAGUCUUGAGGAUAUGGGGAACUUGAAGGAGUUGUGAGGGGAUGGAGAUCUGGCUCAGGUGUAAGAGGAGGAGGCCGUGAGGCUUGGUGAGCAAUGCAAACAGGGGCGGCAGCCCCAAGACUGUGUGUGUGCAUGCACGCACGCGCGCACACACACACAGACAACAACUGCUUGCACUCACUUCCCCAAUUCAUGAAGCAGUAGUAGGACUUCCAAGUAACUACAGUCAUACCUUGGUUCCCAAAUACCUUGGUACUCGUAUGUUUUGGCUCCUGAACGCCGAAAACCCAGAAGUGUGUGUUCCGGUUUUCGACCUUUUUUUGGAAGCCGAACGUCUGAAGCAGCUUCCGUUUGAGUGCAGAAAGCUCCUGCAGCCAAUCGGAAGCCGCACCUUGAUUUUGGAACAGUUUCAGGAGUCAAAUGGACUCCCAGAAAGGACUGAGUUUGAGAACCAAGGUUCCACUGUAUGCAUUUCUUCUACUUGCUAUUAAAGGGGUACUUCUUAAAAGGCAAGGUAUUUUGUCUGCAGCAACUUGCACCGUGCCUUUUGUAUUUCAGCACUAGUCUGGUAGCUGUAAGCAACAACAAUUGAUAAGCGGGCAGGAUGGAUGGGGUGCUCCAACCCUCCUCUGCACCCAAGACAGAAACCAUGUGGAAUACUUCAUAGAAAACAGGUUUAGUUCCAUGCCUGGGACAAAAAUGACUCACUCCCUCUGUCCUUUGCUAGCCCCUAGCAGGCUAAUAAAUUUUUUGCAAGGACUUAUUUCCGAGGCUGCUUAAAGACUUCUAAGUAAGUCAUCGGAUUCCUCAACAAUAAAUAAAUAAAAUUGCUGGGCGGGUGUGGCUAAGCUGUGGCCCUCCAGAUGUUGUUGGACUACAGCUCCCAUCAUCCCCAACUAUUAGCCAUGCUGGCUGUGAUGAUGGGAAUUGAUAGUCCACUGAGGGGCACAAGUUAGUCACCUCCGCUGCAGAGUGAUCAGUAUGUUGGGGAGGAGGAAUCUACUCCUUUACCACCUUGAGGGUUCUUAAGGAGCAGAUCUUGGGGUCCCUUCCAACUCUACGAUUCCACUAUCAGCUUAAUUAAGCAUCUGUAGUUACACUGAGGAUACAUCAACGUGCCAUUUCUUUGGUUACUGACAAAACGGAUUUUCAAGGGGGGGAAAGGGUUUUAUUUAUCAGUUAAACUAUUUACAUCCAACCUUUCUGGUGCAAGAACACAAUUCAAAGCAGUGGUGUACAACAUUUAAAAUUACAAUUUCAUAAAACAAACAAACCAAGUAAACAAGAUCAGCAGUUAAAAAUCAAGUUUAAAAGCCAUUAUCUUCCUCAUACAACAAAAGCCUGCUAGAACAGAAGAAUCUUUAGUAAUAAGAUUAUACAUUUUCAUCAAGAGUCUUCAUCUGGAUUUCAGCAACACUCCUCCAUACACUGAAUGGGGGCAACCUUGGCAGCAAGAAAGGGGGAAAUAGCAGCUGUCACACCUUCUUAAUGUACCCUAGACUAGAACGUGUCUAUGCCCAACUAGUUACAACAGACUAACUGAAGCAGCGUGAAUCUGUAGCACACUGUCAACUCACUGUAGCACACAGCUCAACUGGAUCCACGCACACUCAAGCUGUGGAGAAUUUACAAUAAAAACAGAUAAUUAGUGUCAGUUUCACUUUGCUGCUCUUCCUCGCUUUAUAGACCAGAACAGGAAAAGCAUCAUCUUGCAAGGACGUAAAAACAAGAAACCCAAGCUUCUCAAGGAAAUUUACCAGGCCUGUUAAACUGAGAUCAGCAAUUAGAUUUUAUUCUGCCAGGUUGAGAAAUGCCAGAUGAAUGGCUGGGGCUGACUGGAGUCAUAAUCCAAAAUAUCUGAAGGGCGCCAGGUUGGAGAAGAUUCUUUCCUCACAGUGAGCCCCACACCAUUCAAUGGGGCUUACUUCUGAGUCAAUAUGCAUAGAAUUACACUGUACUAAGUACUGAUUCAAAUUGGUAUUAAAGAUAUCUACUUAAAUCACUGAUUCAAACAAAGUCAUCCAUUCAGGAAUUAACACAUUUUCUAAAACACACACAUUUUAAUUUGUUGCUUUAACAAUGAAUGCAUACUGACUUGCAAUGUAUUUCAAAACCUCUGUAAAUGCAACUCACAUGUAUUUUGCACAAUAGAAUUACAUUUGGUUAGUGUUCAGGAUGAGAGUGUGAAAUUAAUGACUUUUUACUGGAAAUUCAUGAAUUUAACUCUGUAUAAAUAAGGAACUGUAUAUAAACAAAUUCCUGUUUGAAGACUGACUGCCUUCCAGGAUUUUAUUUUCAUAUAAAGAAAAGCAGUCAGUGGUUGUGUCUGCAGAUAAUGCAAAGUCAUGAUCUGUUUUAACCAUGGUUACAUGGUUAAACCACAAGUCACAAGGCAGGCUUGUUUCUCCGAAUCUUGGUUAGUUUUCCACAGCUGUUCUUGCCUCAUGCUGCCAUAGCACGGACCCUGUGUGAGAACCCAUAUAUGUAUUUGUAUUAAUGUAACAUUCUAAUAUGUAACCAUAUUUUUGUAAUAUUUUAAGUUGUCUGUUGCUGCUUCAGUUUUCUGUAUACCGUUAAGAAGUACAGAAAUUAAAUAAUCAAAUUGAACAUAGCAUGUUUAAGAAAGGCUGUUGGGUUUUGACAUGCAGGCAAUUCCCAGAGCGCGCCCUGCCCCCAUUCCUCCCUCUUUGGGGUCCAAAAGGAUCCGCAGGUCAGCAGACACACGUCCAUUAUACUCGUUUAAAAUGGUCACUGCCUGUACUGUGAUGCCAAAUGAUAAUUAAAGCAUACCAUGGUUCAUAAACCAAUAAGCCAUUGUUUUACACCAUAGUUUGGGGCCAAAAAACAAAUCAUUGUUAGUCUAGUCGGCUCUGCUACAAACCAAACUUUGGCUAAAUAAACCAUGUAUUAGCAUUAUGUGUGAGCCAGGCCUUUAGAUGGAUUACAUUCAACAGAAAUUGGUCAAGUUUAUAAUAUAUUGGCAUUAAAUUUUGAUUUUUAGAUCUUUUUUUAAAGAGAUACUAUAGCUGAAAUGUGAAAAAUACUCACAAUUCAAUUUUUUUGAAUCAUUUAUCAUUUGCUCUGCAUUUUAGCCUUUUAGCAUUUUUUUUUUACUUUCUACCUCUAUUCCUAAACAUGCAUAGAGAUCCCACAUAGUGCCUCUACUUCUUGACCCACCUGAAGACAUUUUUAAAAGUGUUGUGACAAAAGCGACACAGGCCUAAGCCUCAGGCCAUUUCAAGCAUCUAUCUGGCAAGCAUGAAAAGAAUUCCUCGCCCAGGUAAAGUGAUACCUUAGAGGGCUACCAACUUUAACUCUUCCAAUUUAGAAGAUAAAUAUCAAAAAUUAAGCCUGGUUUUCCCUAUCAACGUAGACAGAAAUGCUGAUGAUAUGUUUCUAACCACAUAGCGUCGUUCGGGAAGAGGGAGUCUCUCUUGGCUGAAAAACCAAUUUCCAGAGUUCCCUGGGAAGAAGUAGCUCUGUGAAAGGAAUAGAGGUCUCCUAACAACUCUCAGCAUCCUUAAACUACAGUUCCCAUUAUUUUUGGGAGGAAGCCAUGACUGUUUAAAGUGGCAUAAUACUGCUUAAAUGCACUGUAUAGUGCAGAUGGGGUCCUGCCCGACCUGGAAAUGCCAGGGAUUGAAGCUGGGACAUUCUGCAUGCAACACAGAUGCUCUACCACUGAGCUACAUCCCUUCUCUUCUUGAUGUGUGUUCCUCCAACACUUGAAAAAAAAUGGGAUAGCCUCCACUUGCAUGUGUACAUCCAAAGCACAAUUCCUCAAAAGCAACCAUGAGGGGGAACACUAUGCCAGCCAGAUGCUUCAUUGCAUUUCCCCAACGUACACUAGAAAGAGUCCUAGAUCUGUCAACGACUAAACAGAGUUCACCCAAUCUUAAAAAAAUGAGUUGUAACAUUAAUUUUUUAUCUGCAUAGAAUAUAGCGAAAAAAGUAAGUCAAGGACCUCUGUGUAAUACUGCUCCAAUUCCAACUGGGAAACACUUACUAAGUAGGACUAAACCAUGCCUACAGAGAAUAAAAAUUAGGUCACUUAAGUUCAACAGAGCAUAUUUCCAAAGAAAAGUAGUAUCAGUGAAGCAUGAAGCAAGGAGAGGCAUGGGGGAAGGAAGGCACGCAGGGGGGAAACAAAAAAUGUUUAAUGCAAAAUGAAGCAACAUCCAAGGCUAACACAAGAUUUCAUGUUGCAAAUGCAUUAGAAUACAGAAACCCCAGUACAAGAAAAGGAGUAUAUUGAGAUAAAGACGUAAACAAGAGAUUCAUCUUAAACUGAAAGAUUAUCUGGAUUUGAAAGCAAAAUGCACUACCCGUUAGUGUAUCCUACUAGAACUCCAAUAAACUUGUUUUAGGACCUGCAGUUCUGCAUGUCUCAACCCUUUGACCAAGUCUAGGAAUGUAGAGUUUCAACACACAACCCACCUUGGCCAAGACACACUCUGAGUGAUAACCUCGGGUUAUCACCCUCUCCAAGCCCAAACUACCAAACAGGACUGUUAAGUGGGUAAAGGUGAAGAAAGAGAAUAAAACCCCAAUGAGCUCUGUAAAAGAAAGUACAGUGUGUGUGAGUGUAAGUGUGUGACAGAGAGAGAGCUUUCCUUCCUAGUCAUCAGCACACAAUUUCUGACUUACAAUUGGCAACUAGAAGUGUGCCUAUUUACAAGCCAGAUCAUCUCUCAUCCUACCCACUAAUUCCCACUAAUUCUUCAAUGAUACCAGAGCAACUCUAAGCAGAGGAACACAACUAUAAAUGCCCACUUAAUGCAUCCAGAAGCAGACUUAGGAAAACACAAGUCCUGCUUCACAUGCCUGAUAGAGUGAGUAUGUUUUAUCUUCCCUCUAGAUCAGGUAUCCCCAAACUCGGCCCUCCAUAUGUUAGGGACUACAAUUCCCUUCAUCCCUGACCACUGGUCCUGUUAGCUAGGGAUGAUGGGAGUAAUAGUCCCAAAACAGCUGGAGGGCCGAGUUUGGGGAUGCCUGCUCUAGAUGACUGGAGUACAGCCAACUUUAAAUUAAAUUAUAAUGAUAAAUAACAAGCAUAGGGCACAUUUUCCUCUUUUUAUCCUAUAAUGAUAUUGAUGACAGCAGAGAUGUGCUUACUUCUGAGUAAACAUGCAUAGGAUUGCCCUGUUAGUUCUACAAAUUGAAAACAUAUUAAAAAUGGGGAACUAGGAAUUGUUCUCAAUGGACAGAAUUCAACCAAGUUGCUACAUGCACGGAAUGAGAUCUCACACGAGAGGACCCAUCUUCACCCAUCCCCUAAAUCUGCUCUGGGGGGUGGGAAUGAGAGGGGGAAAGUUUUGACACGAGUGGACCACAUUCCAUGCACACAUACCCAAUUAGCACUACACUAAAUUCCUGAAUGAGGGAAAUUUGCUUUGCACAAGCAAAAGUCUGCUGUGCUGCUGGAAAAGCAGCAUUGGAUAUAACCCCAAGUUCUGUUAACUACAUUGUUAUCAAUGAAACAAUGUCAGUAUAAGAAGCUUCAAAUGUACCUGCAAAAUUAUUCCCAUGAUAGCAGCUUGGAUCACGGUGUAGCUAUUUUGAGCGCAAGGGAGUUGGCAUUUUUUGAAAGGCACACCUAUUCACCAAAGAAGGUCAACCAAACCAAUUGCACAAAAAUCAUAAAUGAAUGGGGGGAAGAGUUUGGAUAAAAGAUAGAACAGCUUAUUACACUAUUUCCCACAUUGUCCUUUUAAAAAGAGCAUUCCAAAAAUAACAGGGAAGAGAGGCAAGGAACAAUGACCUCUGGGGGUGUGGGGUGUGGAGAGAUAAAUCAGGACAAAAAUAAGGGAAGUUAAAACUGAGUGUCCCCCGGGCUCUAGUUAAACCUGUCUAGAUGGGGGAGCAGAUACUAGAAGGUCGAGCUAUUGAGGAUUCCCAUCCCUGGGCAGUAAGGUCACAGAACUCAAGAAAGGCUUACAUUUUACAGUCCAUAUUGGAAACCAUAUAGCUAAAGUAUGUUUAUCCAGAAGAGAGUUCCACUGAGCUCAAUGGGACCUACAUCCCAGCAGAAAAGAUAUGGAAUUUACCAGCAGAUGUUCUCCUAGACCUGAAUAAAAAAGGCAACAUGCAUGAAAAGUGUAUAUAUGUAUAAAUUACAUUCCAUAUUUUAUAGGUAAAAGCAGAGUUAGGAUCCUUUACUACUCGCAUAUGUAUAUGAGCCAAUAUCUCACAGCUUGUGGGCUGAUAUAUCUGAAGUCAGAUACAGUGGUGCCUCGCAAGACGAAAAGAAUCCGUUCUGUGAGUCUCUUCAUCUAGCGGUUUUUUCGUCUUGCGAAGCAAGCCCAUUGACAGAUUAGCGGAUUAGCGGCUUUUAGCGGCUUAGAAAAGGGGGGGGGAGGAAAAAAAACCCGCAGGAACUCGCAAGACAUUUUCGUCUUGCGAAGCAAGCCCAUAGGAGAUUCGUUUUGCGAAGCACCUCCAAAACGGAAAACUCUUUCGUCUAGCAAGUUUUCCGUCUUGCGAGGCAUUCGUCUUGCGGGGCACCACUGUACAUGGCUGAGUUUCAAAGAACUGGAGGAAGGGGUAAGAUACUUCAAUAUCCUAGCUCCUGCCAUAACCAUGAAAUCUAGAGUAAAUUACAUCAAAAUAGCCCCCAAAUGCAGAUUGAUAUUUUGCCCCCCAAAAAGCAUGUAUACAGUUCAUAGAUUUUAGCUUCUCUUGACAAUGCAAUUACCUGGAAGGAGGUUUUUUAAAAGUAUGUUGUACAUACAGCCCUGAUAAUAGUCUGCCACUGAUUCCCAUUCCCUUCACAUUAUCACCCUGAUAACCCCAUGCCUACAAACCUUCUGACUUUUCUUAUUCUCAAAUCUUUAUUGUUUUCCUUAAUCCCCACCCCACCCCACACACACCUGAUACCUCACAUCAAUUAAAAUACAUUGUUUCCAGGUUCUCAUCCUUUGUGUAUUGAUUACUGUUUUUUACACCACGCCCUUCCUUGGAAAAGCUGAGAGAGGCUCAUGUAUGGUUCUCAGCUCAUCACCAAGACAGGCAGAUGAAAGGACAAGGCCCUGCUCAGUUUUAGCAGCAGAACCAUAUCAUAUCUCUAAACCAUUAUCUGGAUAGUUUCUUAAACCCUCUAGCUUGCUUUAUCACCUCUCACCAUUCAACCCCAAAUAAUCAAUUCAGUAGUAGACGGUGCAACAGGAUUUAGAUAGUGUAUAUGUCUGUGUUCACAAUCAAUCUCAACUGAACUGACAAGGUAGUUCCCUGGUUUGUAAAAAACCAGCAUGGUGACCUACUUUUCUGGGUUGCCGUGAGGAGAACACACUUUAUGUAGGGUCAGCAUACAUGAGGCCAGACCAAUUCCGAAAACAGUGGGAGUUUCAAUAUUUCCUCAAAUCUACAUGAUAAAGAACUUUUCUGAUUUGUUUGUAAUGUUUGAUGUUUUGUUAUAUUUUUAUAUGUGUUGUAGGCCACCCAGAGAUGUGCAGGAUAUAAAUAAAAUUAUUUAUUAUUAUUAUUAUUAUUAUUAUUAUUAAGAUGACAUCAAAAUUGCUUUCUUGGAUCACACCAGUUCCCACAGCAGCCAGCCAGAUAACCCUGGGAAGAAGCUUCACAACGAAGGCACAACCCUGUUCCACUAGUCCCCCGUUAUCAGUUUCCUUGUUUGUUUCUUCCGUAUUACACAUUCGACUAAUUCCAAAGGGGCUAGUCUGUUCCAGCUAAGAGCGCGCGCGGGGGCGCGCAAGCACACACACACACACACACACACACACACACACAGAGCUACGGCACCAAAAAUAAAGCUUUAAGCUGCCAUGAACCGGCCAGUCUCUUAAGGGGCCACAGGCCACCUUUCCCCCUUCUUUGCAUUUGCCACUCGACUAGCAAAAAAGAGAACCGAACCGGUGCUCUGUGGAAGCGUCACAUGCUCUCCAAGCCCCGGGUCUCACGCCCAAGGAGUGACCUUCGCCUGGAAGCUGGGCGCGAGGGGGAGACUCGCCGAGGGGUCGCGAGGCGCCUUUUGCGCGCCAGCCCACCGCAAACCAUGAGGGAAAUACGUGGAACUGCUGCGAGUCAUAACAUGAGCAGCAAGGAGCAGCGACGUCCAUUCCCGCCCAGACACUGCAGGGCAAACCCAACCUCCCCUCAGAAUAAUCCUAAAACGAAAGCCAGCCCCAAUGGGCGCCUCCACGCCCAGCCCCCCUCACAAGGGGCCAUGAAGGGCGACCCCUCCCUGGGCUGGGCGGACGCGGAGGAGGUCACCCUGGCGCAGGCCCCGCCCGCCUGCUCGCCUCACCUGCGUCCCGACCACCACGAUCUGCGGCAGCUGGAUGACAUCGGCGCCCACCGUGUUGAAGACGUCCUGCAGCUUGUUGAUGACCGGGAUCAGCGCCUCCAUGGCGGCGGAGGCGGCCGCUCCGGAGGGGGCCGGAGGGAGAGGCAGGCGACGGCAAUGAAUGGAGGAGGGAGGCGGCGGCGAGGAAGGGCGCCCGCGUUGCCACCUUCCCCCGCGCCGCCGCGGCCGACGACGACCAUUGGCGCCGGCCCGCUCUCUCCCAGAGGCCCCUGCGCGCGCGCCGCCGCAGGGCACGGCGGGAGUUGUAGUGCUCGGGACGCCCCGCAGCGCCCUCUAGAGGGUGCUUGGAGGAACAGGGAGGGGCGCGUCCUGCCGCAGAACGCGGAGCGAUGCCCCUUUUCUCGAGGUGCACGUGUCUCCCUCAAGCGGAACGUGAGCACGUGAGGACGUUGUCCUACGCAGCUGGCUGGCCCGCUAGAGCAUAUUGCUGAAUUGCGGGGUGGAAGAAAUGGAAAUAAAAUAGAUAUGCCCUCCCCAUGCCUCCCCAGUUCAUUUCCCCCGCCCUCCGUGCCCCCGUUGUGGAAGACAAAGCUGCUCAGCUAUAUCUUUGGAGAAAUGCAACAUUUUGAAGGUAGCUGUUUAAAAUGAGGCCAGGUGAGGCAACCAUCUCUAGAGGGCAAUUUAAAUACAUAAGAUCUGUUAUAAGAAUUUUAAGGUCUUAGAUAUAUAAUACAUGUUCAUAAAUGUACCAAGCAAACACGUACAUAAAUAUAGAAACCACAUGUCUGGAGCAGCACAGGAAUACAGUCCUGAAACCAUUUUGAUUCCCAAACUGACCAAAUGUUUCUCUGCAGGGAGAGAGAGGGUGAGGGAACCUUCCCAUUGUCUCAGGAAUUACGUGAUUACUAUCUAUGAUGUAGGUAUGGUGUUUCUGGGGGUGGUCUUGAGCUCCAGGGCAGGAAAUUUCAAAAUGUCUAUAUAAGGGGAGGCACACCUUUGUUCUGGGUUCUCCUCUGUCCUCCUGCGUGUGAGGGGAGCACCCUGUUGCAACAGUUUAAUAAAGAUCAGGCUUGCUAGCUGCUUUGCUUCUCAAUAUUCUCUGGUUGGCCUCUUAUUUUCUCCACCGAUGGAGAACCUACAAAGGACUCUAUAAGGGCUCUUGUGUACCCCAUAAGGGAACAAGACCAGGUUUUGUUCACAACAGAUCAUUUCCCUAUUGUUUGUCUCUACCAUCUGGAAUUCAGAGAGAGUCCCAUUUCUGUUACAACCGCUUUGUUGUUGUUGUUUAGUCGUACUUAGAGCUUAUUAAAAAUAGAUCUCUCACUCUCUCUUAUUCCCCAAGGUUGACUGUUCUGGUCCCAUCCCUAAAGCAGAUGCUUUCUGGAAAGUCCUCUCUACACAUGCUUAAUUUCUCAGUUAUAUAAUACACAACGUGUGACUUGACUAACUUUCUUGAGUGAACUGGUGUGCACAUGGUGAUGGUUUUUUUCUCUCUUUUACUUUCCAUUUGUGGCACAAAUGGCUUUGAGCUGUGGUUGCUGGGUUUCAUGUAUGGAUGAUAUUGACUAAUGAAAGGAGAUUUCUAAAUUCAUGCCGAUGGAGAGUACAGGGGGGGGAGUGAGCAGUGGUGUAGCGUGGGGGGCACCACAGGGGCACUUGCCCCAGGUACAAAAUAGAUAGGGGUGCAGAAUUUCAUUACCCAGUGCUGCCUCCAUGCAGCUGCGCGUUUCUAUCUCUGGGCUCCAUUGGAAAUGGCUUCUCCAUGCAAACCAGGAAGUGACCUCUCCAGACAAUGGAACGCUUCUUUUCCUGAAUAUGCAGCUGCAAUCUGCUGGGUGACAUGAUUGCGCAUGUGUACUCUGUCCGGUUGCCUCCCUCUGGGUGGCCCUGGGCACCCAGGCAACCCACGCUAUGCCAAUGAGACUGAGUGAGUGUUGGGUGGAUGGAGUGAGAUUGUGUGAGUGGAAGUAGAGGAAGAGAGAAAGACUGCAUGGAUGUGCAUGUGAAUAAGUGUGGGAGAAGAGAGUGAGGGGGCUAGCCUCAUUAGAUGUUGGACAAGCCUUUUUAAAGUUUUAAUAUGUACGUAAAUGUCAGGGAACUGCCAUCGGACGGAAGGGAGGUGAAAGGGCUCACACAGGUUGGGAGAGACGCAGCAGCUGAAGAGGAAACCAACAGGGAGGUGAAAGGGCUCACACAGGUUGGGAGAGACGCAGCAGCUGAUGAGGGAACCAGCAGGGGAGAGGAGCUGAGCUGGAGGGAUGGCUCAGAGACACUUCCAGCGAAAACAGUGGAGAGGUUUCAGGACCUCCUGUAAGAACACCCACUCCUCGCCGGAAACUGUCACGCAGAGAUUCCAGAAGACGUGUUUCCGUUAAGGAGCUUUUAUGUUGGAAGCGAUUACGAAAGCAACCACUGUCGGAAUCUGCUAGUGACUAGAGUAGCCAUGUCUGAGGGGCUCUGUCACAGACAGAGGUUUGUGGACUUGAACAAACUCUGAGGGGAUACGAUUUUACGCACAAGCAGCUCAUCAUCCCAUCACAGCAUUCCAACAGUCUUUGAAAGCAGCUUGUGCAGGAGAAGGUAUCAUGAGCAACCCAGCCGGAACCGGAGAAGCAGGAGCUGGAGCGGGUCCAAGCCUGGAAGAAAGGUACCAGAUGUUGGAGGUCCAGCUAGCGAUGCAGACGGCGAGGCUUGAGGAGAGGAGGGCUCAGGAUGCAGACAAAAGGGGGAAGCCACCCAGUUCGCCAGAAAGGUACCAGGAUUGGUGCAGAAGUUUGGGGGGGAGCCCAAAAACUAUCAUGGUUUUCGGACAGAAAUGCAAUAUGCCCUCAAUCUGCAGUUUGAUGAAUUCCCUGACGAGGAAUCACGAGUGGCUUUCGUGAUUGAGCAUCUUGAAAAGGGGGCGAGAGACUGGGUUAGACCCCUGAUGGCAGCGAAUAGUGACGUCUUAAAAGACACGAUGAAGUUCUUUCGCGCCAUGGAUCUGAUGUUUUCCAGCGAUAUUGAAAGGGAGUGGUGCGCAGACAGUUAAUGGGUUGCAAACAGGGGAGCCGAUCUGUCCGUGAGUACUGGACUGAGUUCACCAUGCUUGUUCACAGAUUGGGGUGGGACUUAUCGGCGGAACCCAUUCAAAUGCUCUUUGAAGAAGGGCUUUCUUCGGCUGUGAAAGACGAACUUUCCCGGGCGCCCAGGGCGGAGUCUAUGGACCAGCUGACCAAAUCAGCGCUGGCCAUAGGAGCGCGCCAGGAGGCGAGAGCAUUGGAGAGGCGGGAAGGGAAAGGGGAACGUUGGAAGGAGUUCCGCAUUCCAGACAUUCCAGAGCCAACUUUCCCACCGGCAGAGCCGAUGGAAAUCGGAACAGCGCGCGCGCGCAGUUUCAAAGCCCAGUGAGGGGGCAAAGAAGGAGGGAAAAGGCGCCCGGAAAUGCUAUCUCUGCCAACAGCCAGGUCACUUUGCCAGAGUCUGCCCCCAGAGGAAAGAAUGGCAAGGGAUGGUAGGGGCUGUGGAUGGAAGAGAGGAAAAUAUACCGGAGCAAGUAAAGCCAACGCCUGGCUGCCACUGUCAGGGCACAGCAGCCAGGCCAAAGAGCAGUGAGAGUGCCCACGCCAGAACCUCCUAAACCCGCCCUAGUGAUAGAAGUGACGCUAGAGCUGCCAAACGGACACCCUCUAAAGAUAAAGGCGCUGUUGGACUCAGGCAGCUCCUGCAAUUUCAUGAGCAAAGAGUUUGCAGCUGAACACCAGAUACAGACAAUCCCUUUAAGCAGCCCCCUGCAGGUGACCACGAUCGAUGGCAGGGAGCUGUUGGGUGGAGAAGUCAGCUUGCAGACCGUCCCAAUGAUAAUGAAGGUAGCAAGGCACACCGAACUGAUAGCUUUUAAUGUGGCCACCUUGGGAGGAGCUCCCAUUAUAUUGGGGAUGAGCUGGCUAGCGUUACAUGAUCCGCUGGUGGGCUGGCAUCAGAGAGUGGUUUCUUUUGGUUCAGCACAUUGCUUAGAACACUGCAAAGAGGGAAAGGGUUUGGCAGGGGUCCAAGCCACCCUAGCAGGGACUGAAGUAACAGAGAACGUGAAGGUACCACGACAAUAUGCAGAUCUCCGUGACGUCUUCAGCGAAAGGGAAGCUGACCAACUACCCCGCAUAGACCCUUUGACUGUCAAAUCAACUUACUCCCUGGAGCACAGCUCCCUGUAGGCAAGCUGUACGCCAUGUCAGACAGAGAGAUGCAGGAGUUAAGAGAGUUCAUUGACAAGAACCUGAAGAGAGGGUUCAUCAGAGAGUCCAGGGCGGUGGGGGCAGCCCAGUGUUUUUGUGGAUAAGAAAAACACGAACAAGCCGAGGCUGGUGUGUGACUUCAGGGCCUUAAAUGCAGUGUCAGAACCAGUAGCCUUCCCUAUGCCCAGGAUUGACGACAUUUUGACAAGGGUGCGGAAGGGAAAGAUUUUUACAAAGCUGGACCUAAGGGGGGCGUACAACCUGGUACGAAUAAGGAAGGGGAUGAAUGGAAAACCACUAUGUUCACCCCUUUAGGGGCAUUUGAAUAUUUGGUUAUGCCCUUCGGCCUACAAGGAGGCUCCGCAACAUUUCAAUCGUUUAUGAACCACGUCCUGGGGCCUUUGCUUUACAAGAAUUGUGUGGCCUUUUUAGACGACGUGUUGGUGUAUUCUGAGAAUGAGGAGCAGCAUGUGAGAGACGUCAGAGAAGUGUUGAGCAGGCUGCAAGCCAACCAGCUGUGGGUGAAACUGGAGAAGUGUCAGUUUCAUACCAAGGAGGUGGAAUUCCUGGGGUAUCGCCUGUCAGACAAGGGAUUGGCCAUGGAUCCCGGCAAGGUCCAGGCUGUGCUGGAAUGGAAAACACCCAAAACAAAGAAGGAUGUGCAGAGGUUCCUAGGAUUUGGGAACUUCUAUCGUAAGUUCAUCCGAAACUUUGCCCACCUGACGGCGCCCAUUACGGACUGUCUCAGCAGUAAGAAGAAGUUCGUGUGGACUGAGGAGGCGGAGCGAGCAUUUGAGGAACUAAAAGGGCCUUCGCCUCGGAACAACAACUCCUGCAUGUGGAUUUACAAAAACCGAUGAGAGUGGAAACUGACGCAUCAGACAGAGCGAUUGGGGCGGUGCUUCUGCAGCCAGGCAAGAAGGGGUCAGAGUGGAGACCGUGUGCCUUUUUUCGCGAAAGCUGAACAAAUCCGAGAGGAACUACACGGUGUAUGACCGAGAACUACUAGCCAUUCAUGAGGCGUUCCGGAGAUGGAGGCACCUGCUAAUUGGCGCACAACAUAAGGUGCAAGUGUGCACUGACCACAAGAACCUAGAGUAUUGGAGGACGGCACGAGUGCUCAACCAACGGCAAGUGAGAUGGGCCCAGGAGUUCUCCAAAUUUAACUUUGAGAUUAGUUACGUGCCAGGCCCAGAGAACAUUAGGGCGGACGCUCUCUCACGCAAACCUGAAUAUUUGGAGGGAGAGGGGGCACCCGAAGAGAGACAUGUCAUUCCAGAAGACCGCUGGGUGUGUGGGGCGGCAUUGGUGGGACAAAGAGAACUGGUAGAGGAAACAGAGAAUGAUGAAUACGCCCAGAAUAAGCUCAGAGGUCUUAGGGGUGAUGGAGAGGAACCAGGGGGUUUCGAGGAAAGAAAUGGAGCUUUGUAUUACAAAGGGGCACUGUAUAUCCCUGAAGGAGAGUUAAGGGGAAGGGUACUCAAGCAGUUGCACGACAGCCCUACGGCGGGGCAUUUUGGACAACACAAAACCAUGUGGUUGGUCACCAGGGAAUUUUGGUGGCCUAAGGUGAGGGAAGAUGUACGUGAGUAUGUAAGAGGGUGCGAGCAAUGCCAGCGAGCCAAAGGGGAAAGGCGGGCGCCGGCGGGGCUAUUAGAACCCUUACCAACCCCAGAACGACCUUGGGAGGCAGUGUCGAUAGAUUUUAUGACUGAUCUGCCGAAGUCCAAAGGGAAAACAGCCAUCAUGGUGGUGGUAGACCUACUAACAAAGAUGUGCCACUUUGUAGCUUGCUCGCAUGCAGUCACGGCGGAAGAGACAGCGAAGUUAUUUGUAGAAAACAUUUUUAGGUUGCACGGGGUGCCAUUGAGGGUGGUCUCAGACCGAGGAAAACAAUUUACUUCCAGGUUCUGGAGGAAGCUCAUGAGCUUACUGCAGGUGGAGGUCAAUUUUUCGACUGCCCGGCACCCUGAAACCAACGGGCAGGCGGAAAGAGCAAACGGUGUCCUCCAGCAAUACCUGAGGUGUUAUGUCAAUGACAGAGAGAAUGACUGGGUAGAAAAGUUGGCGCUGGCGGAAUUUGCCUACAACAAUGCCGAGAAUGUGUCCACAGGGAUGAGCCCCUUCUUGGCUAAUUAUGGGUGUCAUCCCAGGGCUUUCCCAGGGGAGAGGGGAGAGAUGGAGCGUCCCGGCAGCCGAGCAUUUUGUGGAAGAAAUGGAAGCAAUCCAUCGUCAGCUCCAACUCAACUUAGAAAGGGCGAAGGAAGAAUACAAGAGGCAGGCAGACAAGAACCGAAGGGAAGGUGAAACCAUAAGGGUGGGAGAUAGGGUGUGGCUGUCAACCCAAGGGUUGCCGAUCAAAGGAGGUUGUAAGAAAUUAAGACCCAGGAGGUUGGGUCCCUUUGAGGUCAUUCAACAGGUCAACCCAGUGGCUUUCAGGCUCCGGUUACCCAACCACAUGAAACUGCACCCAGUAUUUCACAGGUCGUUACUGUCACCGUACGAAGGGGGAUGAGAAGGGCUGGCCACUCGGGGACCGGUCGUAGAAGAAAGAGAAUGCAGCAGCCAUGUGGCAGAAAUCCUCGACGCCAGGUGGAAGGGGGAUCAGGUGGAGUAUUUGGUAGCGUGGGAAGGAGAACCGGAGUCAGAAAACACUUGGGUAAUGGCUGAAGAUAUCAAUGACGAGGUAUUGAUAGAAACGUUCCAUCAAAGGUUCCCAAGGAAACCUCAGCCUGUGGAGAGGUUCCGGAGGGAAUACUUUGGGACCACUGAUGAAGGGGAGGAGUUGGAAGGAUUCCCGGACUCGGAAGGGGAAGGGGAGAUGGACUCUGAGGAGGAGGUGUACUUCGAGACCAGGAACCGCAACAGGUUGAGAGAAGUGUUCGAGACAUCGGAAGAUGAAGGAAGUUCAUUCCGGGUUUUGCCUCCUCACCGCCCGUAGAGGAGGGGGCGAGAGGGGGUGAAGGGGGCCCUGGAGGGGAGGUGGAUGUCAGGGAACUGCCAUCGGACGGAAGGGAGGUGAAAGGGCUCACACAGGUUGGGAGAGACGCAGCAGCUGAAGAGGAAACCAACAGGGAGGUGAAAGGGCUCACACAGGUUGGGAGAGACGCAGCAGCUGAUGAGGGAACCAGCAGGGGAGAGGAGCUGAGCUGGAGGGAUGGCUCAGAGACACUUCCAGCGAAAACAGUGGAGAGGUUUCAGGACCUCCUGUAAGAACACCCACUCCUCGCCGGAAACUGUCACGCAGAGAUUCCAGAAGACGUGUUUCCGUUAAGGAGCUUUUAUGUUGGAAGCGAUUACGAAAGCAACCACUGUCGGAAUCUGCUAGUGACUAGAGUAGCCAUGUCUGAGGGGCUCUGUCACAGACAGAGGUUUGUGGACUUGAACAAACUCUGAGGGGAUACGAUUUUACGCACAAGCAGCUCAUCAUCCCAUCACAGCAAACAUUCAUUCUUGCCCAUUGAUUGUGGGUGGGACAAAAUGGGCAAUCCACAUACAGCGGACAUGGAAAAUCUUAAAUACCCUGACAGCAAAAACUAGUGUUUGUUUUUUCCCCUUCUAAAAAUUUAUCUAAACUUGCAUCUUUACAUAUAAAUUUGCACCUGCAAAACAUAUGCAGAUUGGUGUCAUGGCUGGGGAGAGGGGAAAUUUUGAUAAAAUGUGCACAGAUAGUUGAACCUACCUAAUAGUGCUUUCCAAAAUAAUUUUCAAAGCAAAAUGCAGUCCUUCAAAAUUUAUACUUCUGUGAAUUUGGCAGUGCAGUUCUCUAGCCAAGUGAAGUGUAAAAAAAGGCACACAUUACUAAAAAUGUUUUUAUUAUUACAUUAUUAUAGCAUAAUAUUGUAAAAUUAUUAUUAAUAAUAAUGAAAUAAUAAUACACAAAUGCUUUAUAUUAAGGAAGACUGGAGACAAACAAGUAUGUAUUGGGAUAAAUUUGCACUAUAAUACUGAUGAAUUGAAUUUAUUGAACUUUCAUGAGGACUUUAAAAAAAGAACAUUCACAGACUAAUUAGAGAUGUAGAGAACUGACCUGAAUAAUAAUAAUAAUAAUAAUAAUAAUAAUAACAAUAAUAAAUUAUUUAUACCCCGCCCUUCCCGGUUCAAAAACCAGGCUCAGGGUGGCUAACAGCAAAUUUAAAACACUUAAUUAUAAAAGCAGCAUAAAACAUGUUUAACAAUAUAAAAACAUGAAUAACAAUACUGGAAAAAUAAGAUAAAUAAUAAAUAAGUGUUGCAUGUAUGUAUAAGGAACCAACUUUUGGAACAGUGUUUGGUUGUGUGUAAAUAAGUGUGUGUGUUUGUGUAUGUUAAGGAAUUAAGGGAACCCUACAAGCAGGUUUGCUCGAUGAUAUGCAAUCUGAAAAGGCCUGGUUUGUUGCUGUCAAGAUACCCCUUGGUUGGGGCUCCGAAAGAGACUGUUUGCAAAAUGCUUUUAGGUUUCGAUUUCUGGCAAGAAGGAAACUAAAGAAAACACUGGUGGAACCAGGGAUUUUCACCAAGCUGGGUUGAAGAAGGAGCCGAACAGUGGCAACGGCAGUGGCAUUCUUGUCUAGAAGAACUAAACGGAGACAGGUAUGGUGUGUGAUGAUGAGGGGGAAAUAGAGGGGGGUAGAAGCGUCUCGCUUCGGGGAGACCCAAGUGCAUUCUGUGUGGGGAGAAGCAGAGUUACGGCAAUCUGUUUAGCUCAGUUCUUUGUGAGCACAAGUUUCGUCUCCCACUAAAGAUGAUGACGUUGUAUAGAAAAGUCAGGCAGCUUCACAGCGUUAUAAAUGUGUAUAUAGAUAGAUAGAUAGAUAGCAUGGCAUUCAGUAUUAAAAUACCUUCAAUGGUAAAUGGGAACCUAGAAGUCCAGCUUUUAGGGAACCCACUUUAGGGAACCCAUUAAAAUUUUAUUUGGCAUCUGUUUUGUUCUGUGUGCUUAGAGGUACCCACAUCUUGGGGGUGAGCUUCAGUUGUUGUCUCCAGACCUACUUAAAUCUCCUGGCUGCUACAUCCUCCUAGAUGCCCUGGGCUGGAUUCAACUAUCCGGUUCAAGAAAAACAGGGCUUUCUUCCCCUUUUCUUUCUGCCCAUCUUUUCCAACAUACUCUUCAAUGUUUCCAAGCUUUACACUUUCCAGUCUCAUUAUCUGCAUACCUACCGUAAAUUUAAGGCACCCCUCCCCCCUCAAAAAAUAAUAAUACUAGGAACUGUAGUUUGUUAAGGGUGCUGGAAUUGUAGCACUGUAUGGGGUGAACUGCAGUUCCCAGGGUUCUUUGCAGUGGAGGGUGUGCUUUAAAUGUAUGGUGUGUAAUGAUGAGGCUGGGAGGAGUAAGCAGAGAUUGUGUUUGAAUCUCUUUGCUGUGUGAACUUGACAAUGUGGAGUCCUCCUGAUAACCAUAGAGUUUCCCAGCCAGAAAAGUCUUGUCAACAAGUUAUGGAAGGAGUAACUUGUGUCUGAGUGCUAUUCUGAAUUGACUUGACUCUUGGUCUUCCAAGUUUUUCCAUAGACCAGCCCUCAAAACUGUGGCCACAUGGAACUUCGGGAUUAUCAGUGGGAAGUCAUUGAUCCUGCCUUGGAGGGCAAAAAUAUCAUAAUUUGGCUGCCAACGGGUUCCGGAAAGACUCGGGCAGCUGUGUAUGUGUGUAAGAGGCACAUGGAGAGCGUACAGAAGAGCAAGGUGGCUGUGUUAGUCAACACGGUAAGGACCAGGUGAUGUGGGUGGUUGGGAGACAGACAGUCCCUUACCAAAAGACAAGGUUUCAGUCUCAUUUCCCGGAAAAUGUUUCACUGCUGUAUUCUUGCCCUGGCAGGUGCCUCUAGUGGACCAACACCUGAAGAAUGAGUUUAGCGUCUUGCAGAAUUGCUUCAACAUUACAGCCAUCAGUGGCGACAGCAACCAGAAGCUGUUCUUCUCAGAAGUGUUGAAGAUGAGUGACUUAAUAAUCUGCACAGCACAGAUCCUUCAAAAUGCCCUUAUCAGCCAAGAGGAGGAGAUGCACGUGGACCUGACAGGUGAGCAUCUGGUGGGAAAGAGGUGUUAUAAGAGCUUGCUGGGCCAAACCAGUGACCCAUCUAGUGCAGCAUCUUGUUCUCUCAAUGGCCCACCAGAUGCCUAUGGGAAGCCUAGAAGCAGGUCCUGAGAACAAGAGCUCUCUCCCAUCCUGCACUUGGUAUUCAGAAGCAUACUGAUUCUGACAGUAGAGGUAGAACAUAGCCAUCAUGGUUAGUAGCCAUUGAUAGUCUUGUCCUACAUGAAUUUGUCUAAUCCUAUUUUAAUGUGAUCCCAGUUGAUGGCCAUAACUUCCUCUUGUGGGAUGAGCAUAAGAGCCCAGCUGGAUCAGAUCAAAGCCCUAUCUAGUCCAGCACCCUUUUCUCCACAGUGGCCAGCCAGUCGCUUCUGGAAUGCCCACAAGGAGGACAGGAAGGAAACGCUGCUCCUCCACUGCUGGGUCAUAAUUCUGGGGCAACAAGCCUCAUAUAACCAACAAGCUUAAGUCUAAUUAAUGCGUGAAGGGGUUAAUACCAUGGAGUACGCUGUCCUGCCAGGUUUAGCUAUGACACUUGCUUUACCUGGGGAGGAAAUAGGUAAUCAAGCCUAUUAUCUUCCAGCAUGUGAAGAGGUUUGAACUGGUCAUCAGUCAUUCUCGAGUUCCUAUGCCAGGAACUUUCACCACUUUGUAACUAAGAUAAGUUUUACUGCCUGCGCAAUUUUCUGAAGUACAUGAAUCUGACCUCUGAAGUGUUCAUAAAUAAACCCGUUUUAACUUGUCACAUGUGGGGGUUUUUUCCUAUGCUGGAGGAAGAGACAAAAUUUGGAAAUGAACUUUUUAAGGAGAUAUUAAAGAUCUAACAGCCUAUAUUUCCAUACUUGGCUGUAUAUUUUGUGAUGUCGUUGUCGUCGUCAUCUGUGCAGAUUUCACCUUGUUGGUGAUUGACGAGUGCCAUCACACCCACAAAGGAACCGCCUACAACAAGAUCAUGGAGGGCUACCUCGAACGAAAGCUGAAGGGCGAAAAGAAUUUACCACAGAUCCUGGGGCUUACAGCCUCACUAGGUACGGGUGGUGCCAGCUCCCUGCAGGGAGCUCGGGAACACAUUCUGCAGGUGAGUCCGAUGGAAGACAUUUGGCCCAAAUAUUGGAAGCAUUGUCAUUGUUGCUUUCCCCCUUUUUAACCUUAUUUCUAUUCAGAGGCUGCUUUGGUCUGCAGCUGCAGGCCCGUUUCACACAAACACUAAAUACAUAGAAGGAGCAUAGUUCAUGUUAGAGUACUAAAUCCCUGGCAUCUGCAGCUGCAAGAGUCUUAUACAGCAGGUAAUGGGAAAGACCUCUCUGCCUUGGACCCUUAAAACUUUCUACCAGUCAGAGAAGGCAGUACUACUUGGGGAGAUUGACAAAUAAUCUCACCUGGUAUAAGGUAUCUUGCAAUGCUCCAGAUGAGGUGGUAACAUAUAGUACUGUUUCAACUGCAAGUGAGGGAAUGCUCCACAAACACACACAGCCACAGCAUAUUAAGGAGAAAACCUUUUGCAGAUACUUGACAUGUCUGCAAGUGACAAAGGCAUACUUGGGUUCCUCACCCGUUUUCUUCCACUUUUAUCACUUGUAAGUCAACUCCUACUGGUGUUUUAAGGGCUAUAGGUCUGAUCGUGGAUUUAGCCGAUGUCUCAAACGCUCGCGUGAUUGACAUAACCACUCCCUACAAUUUAUUCUUUGAGCCAGUAUAGCCUAGUAGCUAGGGUGUUGGGCUAGGACCCGGGAGACCAAGGUUCAAGCCCCACUCAGCCAUGAAGCUCACUGGGUGACCUUGGGCCAGUCACAGUCUCUCAUCUCAGUAUAAUCUACCUCACAGAGUAGCUGCCAGGAUCAAAUGGGGAGGGGGAAAGCCAUGGAUGAAGAGCUCCUUGGAAGUGGGAUAUAAAUGUAAUAAUAAAUGAGAUAUAUAUAUAUAUAUAUAAAACCCUUUUCAGAUCUGUGCCAACCUGGACACUGAGAGAAUCAUGUCUUCUGAUAAACACAAGUUCUACGUUGAUACUUACGGCCCACAACCCAAGAAGCAGUAUAACCUGUCCCAACAAAGGCGUGAGGUAAGGUCCCCUUGCAACUACAGGGCAACUGUGAAGAGGCACCAGAGGCACCAUGAUGAGAAGGUGACUCUGGAGCUCUGAGCAAAGUAAAACAUUUUCCUUGUCUGAAUACGAACGCUCCUCUGAUCUGUCAUCUUCAGGACCCCUUUGCAGAACAACUGAUAGAGAUAAUGGCACAGAUAUAUAGUUACCUGAAUGAGCCUGACUUGACUAUGGAUUUUGGUACCCAGAUCUUUGAGCAGCAAAUUGUGGCGCUUGAGAAGGAAGGUGAGUGCUCAGUAAGCAGCUUUGUAGUACACGAAUAUGACGGGAGGGACAGGAAACAUGUCCACAGGCAGGUUAAGUGGCUUCCUUCCUGGAAAUGGCUCCCAGUAUGUUUCCGAGCUGACCUUUAAGGCCCUAAAUGGCCUCAGUCCUGUACACCCGAAGGAGCAUCUCCACCCCCAUCGUUCAGCCUGGACACUGAAGUCCAGCACCGAGGGCCUUCUGGUGGUUCUCUCACUGUGAGAAGUGAAGUUACAGGGAACCAGGCAGAGGGCCUUCUCAGUGAUGGCGCCUGCCCUGUGGAACACCCUCUCAUCAGAUGUCAAGGAAAUAAGCAAAUAUCUUACUUUUAAAAGACAUCUGAAGGCAGCCCUGUUCAGGGAAGUUUUUAAUGUUUGAUGUUUUAUUGUGCUUUUAAUUCUGUUGGGAGCCGCCCAGAGUGGCUGGGGAAACCCAGUCAGAUGGGUGGGGUAUAAAUAAUGUAUUUUUAUUUUUAUUUUUAUUUUUAUUAUUAUACCUGCAUCCUAAGAUAUUUUUCUGGAAAGUUUCGGGGAUUGAAUAUAGGGUCUGUUACAAAUGAUCUUAUCAUAGAAUGAUAGAACUAUAGAACUGUGGAGGUGGAAGAGAGUCUAAGGGUCAUCUAGUCCAACCCCCUGCAGUGCAGGAAUCCCGCCCCUCCCCCCACAGUACGGUUUACCUGGUGUGUUAUAUAUAGUCUUUCCAUUGACAGCUGAAAGCCUUUGUAUUCACCCAGGCUUUUUAAUGGCAUUAUAAAUCUGGGGUGUAAACUAUUUCAUGCUGCUUUUUUUGCAAAUAGGGUUUUUGCCAUCUUUUAUUGUUGUUGUUUUAAUCAUCAUUGCAUAUUGCUUUUGUUGAUAAUUCUGUUCUAAGCCACUCAGGGAAAGUUGGUUGAUGGGCAGCUGUAUGAUUAAUCAUAACCAUUAUCUUAUUUGUCUCUUUCACACUGUCAGGAGCAAAACGCUUUUGCCAAAAGACCCGAGUGUGUGCCUUGCACCUACGUAAAUACAAUGAUGCCCUGAUGGUCAACGACACUGUGCGCAUGAUCGACGCCUACAAAAUUCUGGAUGAGUUUUACCUGCUGGAAAAUGCUACUAAGGUGUUGCAGAACCCUGCUGAGCAGUACUUGGUCCGGCUCUUUGACAGUAAGUACACUGUCUUACACUGAGAAAUUUGAUUCACAGAAACACCACCACUUUGUUCUGCUUGCAUUUUAAUUUGAACUUCUCAAGCCAAUACACAAACUAAAGCAGGUAUCCUUCAAAAUUCACACUUCUCUGAAUUUUGCAAUGCAGUUCUCCAACCAAUGUGUACAGAAAUGAAUAUAUUGAGGAAAGUGUGUACCAAAAUGCAUAUAUUAGUGAAAAUUAUGUACAAUAAUGUAUUAUAUUAGGGGUUUGGGUUUUUGUUGUUUUUUUGUUUUUGUUUUUUGCAAAAGUGUGUGCAUUAGUCAAAACUGCAUACAAAAUGUGUUUGUUAGGAAAAAUUCACACUAAAAUGUUUAUGAAUGAGACCUUGUUAAAAGAAAAUGCAGAUUGCUGCAGAACUAAAGAAAACUGAAUCAAAGACUGAAAAACUGAGAAAUGGAGAGAAACCAAAACUGACUGAUUGGUCCAUUCCUUCUCUGAAAUGAGGUGGGUGAGUUGGCCAAAAGAGUCCAUAUAAACAGAGGCCAGGAACAAGUUCCCAGUUCCAUGUGAUCAGCUAGGUCAGCACUUAAAACUACCGCUUGAAGAGAGACUCUUGAAGAAAAAGAACUACAUGGAAGUGGAAAGAUGAAACUUCAGAAAAAAGAGGAGGAGAUGCUGCCCAGCAGACACUUUCUUUUGGAGAGACUCGGCUGGAUGCAGCACAUCCAGGAAUGACUUCUUUGGGCACCAGGAGUCAGACCGCAACUGGAUAUGUGGUCCAUUUCCCCCCAAACACCUCAAAAAAAUAUAACAUUAUGGCAUUCAGUGCUGCUGACAAAGUGAACUAUGCCACUUGGCACCAAGCAAAGAUGGAGUGAGAUCUCAGCAGUAAGAAGAUCUACCAGGAAGAAGAGAUGCCGGAGUUCGGAGCUGGCAGCGAGUUCAACUGCAACCUGCGUGAGGAGGCACGGUGCAAAAAAUAUGGCAUCACAUUAAAGGAGUUCAAGCUUGAAAACCAGCCCUGGAUCCUGAAAGUCAACGGCAAGACUGGGCGCAAGUUCAAAGGUGUGAGAAAGGGUGGGGUGAUAGAAAACACCUCCUACUACAUCUUCACCCGGUGUCCAGGUGGCGCCUUUGAAAUCUUCCCAGUCAACAACUGGCAUAACUUCACACCCAUUGCCAAGCGUCACACGUUGACUGCAGAGGAAGCUGAGGAGGAGUGAGAGAGGCAGAACAAGGUUCUGAACCACUUUAGCAUCAUGCAGCAGCAGCGGCUGAAAGACCAAGGUGAUGAAGAAGAGCAGAAGGAGAAGAAAGACCAAAAAAAAGGGAGCUACCAAAAAAAUCCAUGACUUGGAAGAUGAGCUCGGAUGACAGCGAGUUCAGUGAUGUGGAUGAGAAGAAAUACACAAAGGCCAAGAAGAAAGCCCCUCUGACGAAGAAAAAGAAGAAGGGAUCUGACGAUGAAGGCUUUGAAGACAGCAAUGAUGGGGACUUUGAAGGGCAAAAGGUUGACUACAUGUCUGGCAGACCCAGCAGCUCUGUGGAAGAAGCAGUGGGCAAGCCCAAAGUGACCAAAGAGGAAGGCAUCCCAAAAGGUAUAGACGAAGCAAGCAAGAGUAGCGAAGAUAGCAAGGAGGAGAAGAGAAGAAGGCCCCGACUCCCCAGAAUAAAAAGAAGAAGAAGAAGAAGAAGAAGAAGAAGAAGAAGAAGAAGAAGAGUUUGGAUUUGAUAUCCCGCCUUUCACUCCCUUUAAGGAGUCUCAAAGCGGCUAACAUUCUCCUUUCCCUUCCUCCCCCACAACAAACACUGUGAGACUUCAGAGAAGUGUGACUGGCCCAAGGUCACCCAGCAGCUGCAUGUGGAGGAGCGGAGACGUGAACCCGGUUCCCCAGAUUACAAGACUACCGCUCUCAACCACUACACCACACUGGCUCUCAAAAAGAAAAAGAAAGACACCAGUGAUGAGUCUGAGACGUCUGAGGACAGCGACAUUGACAGUGAAGCAUCUUUCACACUCUUCAUGAUGAAAAAGAAAACUCCUCCCAAGAAAGAACACAAGGGCUUGGUUAGCAACUCACAAGGGGAUGCCCUUGGAUGCUGGCACAUCAUCCACCUUGCGGGCCGCAGCUAACAAAGUGGAGCAAGGAAAGCAAUAGGCAGGGGCCAGUGAUCUCGCUGCAGCAAAGAGGCUGAAGUUGGACACUGGGCCCCAGGCCUCACCAUCUCUGGGACAUCUACCCCCCAGCCACAGUCGGGCAAGUCAACACCCAGCAGUAUUGAUGUGCAGCUGACGGAGGAUGCCGUGUGCUACUCCUUGACCAGAGGGCCCAUGACCACAAAGGAUUUUCUGAAGAAACUGCAGAUCAAGAAAACAGGGCUGAGCAGUGAGCAGAUGGCCAAUGCGCUGGCCCAGAUCCUGAAGCGCCUCAAUCCUGAGUGCAAGAACAUCGAUGACAAGAUGCACUUCUUCCUCAAGGAAUGUGGAGGGCAGAGGCUAGGCCAGAUACAAACUGUCCUUUUGAAUCCACCCUCCUGUUGUGCAGCUCUGAGCCCCCUUACAUUUGGUUAGUAGCUGGGGGUGGCUACAUCCUAGAACCACAUGGAUUGGGGAAAGCAAAAGAGCCAUUCUCCUACCUUUGUGCUGGUGGGAUUCAGGGGUGGUGAAAGGGGGCCGAAGACUGGGACAGUCUCAUGAGAGGCAUUGAAGCCAUGAUCUCUCUGAAUUGGAAUAGUUUUCUCUUUCACGUGGAGGAGUUCACAAAUGAAAAGUUGCCAUUUUUAGAAUAAACAGGGGCAUCUUUUUACACGCCCACAAACACCCACCCCACACCCUGUGUGUUCUCAAAAGCUGGAAGGCCUUGAGAGGUAAACCAUUCUCCGCCGCGACUUGUUUUGCAACCAGUUCUACUCUUCUCCCCUGGCCUCCCUCGCCCAAAAUCACAGAGACUCUGAGAAAGCCAUUACUGGUACACAAAUACUUUUCCUUGUAUUUUUUUUUUUUUUAACACAUUCUAAAAUUGUGUGUGCUUUGGCAAACAGAGGAAGACACUGCUCAGCCUGAACCUGCCGUGAGUUGCUUCCUCUAGCUGGAUGCAUAGAGUUGUUUUCAGUCUGCCCUAAAAAGUUUUGGGGAUUUUUUUGGGUAAAGCUUGGAAUUCCAAAUCUGACACGAAAUGGGAAUAAAUUAAGCAAAUUGGAAAAAGAAAGAAAGAAAAAAGAGGGGGAGCUAACAAGUGAAAAGAAACUGUUUAUGAGACUGACUGCUCUCCAAUAGACACUGUUGCCAUAAGCUGCAGUGGGUCAUUUGAAGUUUUGUGGGUUUUGUUUUUUCACUUACUGUUACAUUGUUGAUUGGUUGUGCUAACUGUUUUUAAUCUGUAAGAUAAAGCAAUAUUCUUCCUAAUCAUCAGACUCAAGAGCUGAGAUCUGUGUGCUGUGCACCUGUCUUGCAGGCUACAAAGCACGCCUCUUGGCCACUGCUCAAGACAAGGGCUUUGAGAAUCCCAAACUUGAUGAGCUGCAGAAAGUCCUCCAGAAUCAAUUCCAAGAACUGGAGACCUCGCGGGGCAUUGUGUUCACCCGGACACGUCAGUGCGCUCAUUGCCUUCACCAAUGGGUACAGGAGAACCAGAACUUGCGUGAACUCGGGAUCAAGGCUGCUGUGUUGACCGGGGCUGGCUUCAGCAGUCAGACAAAACACAUGACCCAGGUAACAUUAACAGUUCUCCCACAGAUCAAGUGAGGGAUGUUGGGGACCCUAAGGGGACCUUAGGGUAGAUUCAUAGUUGCAUGCAUAUUACUCGAUUUUUCUUGGGUUGAUAUAUCCUAGAGGAACACGUCAACUGCCUCCAUUGAAAGCCAUUGUGUUAGAGGUAACACCAUGUGGCAAGAGUUUUGCUUGCCAUGGUUGAUUCAUUCAACUGAGGUUGCAGCUGCCAAGGACUGAAUACGCUUGUGUGAACUGACUUCAAGAGAGAGGGCAAUGCAGCCCAUUAAAACUAAGAAGAAAAAUAUGCAAAUACAAAAGAAUCCCAGUCUUUGGCACGCUCCACAGCUGUCUUGCAACCACCAAGAUUUUCUCUGAGAACAGAUCCUGUAUAACAUAAAAACGGAGCACACAGGUCACCAUCAGCUGCAGGGUGGGCCUGGCUUCCUCCUGGCUUUGAAGCUGAAUUGGCAGGUGUACCAAUUAUUGAAUUAGAACAGUAGGUGGUCUAUUAGAUUUGUGCUUUUCUCCAUGCUUCACACAGACACAAAGUUUUAAUUCCAAAAUUAGUCCAGGGAUAUUGGGGGAGGUGCCAGGGAAGCAGAUUUCUUGACAACAUCUAUUGGAAUAUUCUAGAAGAAACUUGUAAAUGGCCUUGAACAAGUUGCUAGGCAAUGGAAAUUUCCUCCAGCAACAGGUGUCCUUAUCAGGGCAUGCAAUCCACUAAGUCUGGGCCAGCGUAAAUGAGUACGUGAAUGAGCCAGCGUUAGAUCUCUGGCCAGAUGGCUAAAAAGAGAAAGAGAUUAUGUUUCUUCAUUUGUUUUUAUUUUAUUAUUAGUGACCAGUGUAAAGUUUUGUACAUAAUAAAGACCCUGAGAAACCAAACCAAAUGGUGUUUAUUCCUGUAAUGGGAAUUUCACUAAGAGAUAGCUGGAAUGCUGCUGCUGCUGCUGUAAAGAAAUAAAAGAUGCAGGAAAACAUUUCUGUAAAAAGAACUCUGCUACAGAAAGGAAAGGAAACCCAAGAGUUUUCUUUUUCUGCUCAUGAACCAGCCAUUCAACAAUGUGCGCAGCUAGUUUUUGUAUCAAAGCUAUAAUUUUUCCCCCAAAUUUAGACCUGGAAAGGGAUCAUGUGCUCAGAUAGAAUGCAAAGGUGCUUUUAGAGCUACCCAAGUGCUCUAAAAAUGUUAGGGGCAUCCUUUUGUGCCCUUAAUGUCCUGCAAACACACAUUUCAAGAGGGCAGCCCCAGUUGGUCUGAAGGCCAAACUUUAUGUGAUGUUAACCACUUGCGCUCUGGGGUUGAGGACGCAAGAGAAGCUUCAGCCCCAACAAGCUCCACAUCUUUUCACCCUAUCUUGGGUUGUUUCCUCCAGCAACAGCAGAAAGAAGUCAUCUAUCAGUUCCGCAAAGGGACCCUCAAUCUGCUCUUCUCCACCAGCGUGGCUGAAGAGGGGCUGGACAUCCCCGAGUGUAAUAUCGUCGUCCGCUAUGGACUGAUGACGAACGAGAUUGCCAUGAUGCAGGUUAGUCAGUACUACUCUUGGGGGGAACUUCACUCUUGACCUCUGCCAUGGGGAGCCUUACAGUGCUCAGUAUGUCCUGGGAGGACAUGCUACAGAGGCCCAAACCCUGGUUCUUUUAUUCCAGGCCCUGGGUCUCCUGCUUCCUUUUAGUUGCUUUUUUAUACUCCUCAUCACCAUAAAAAAAUCAAUCUUUGUUAUAGGGCAGCUGGGCACACCGCAGAGUGCAGCGCCCUGUCAUCUGCCCUCUUCAUUUGCCCAUAUACAUAUAAAUUCUUAUAUGGGAAAAAUUAUAUGGGGGUGGGGGACUGUGCCCCAAGUCCUUUAAGUAACCAGCAAUUCCCCAAUAUAAUGGCUAUCCAGCAUCACAGAGGACAAUGUGGUUAUAAUGGGAAAUGAUGGAUGAGUGGACCACGUGGCUAUACCUUGUUUGCCUCUACAUAGUUCCAUCCUUAUUUCAGACAACACAAUAUAUUGAUAUAUUGUGAUGUUAGCUGGUGAUAUAUCGUGAUGUUGAAAGCCGGGUAUCGCCCAGCCCUACCUAAGGGGACAGGCAAAAGAGGAGCAUCUGGGCUGGAUUUCUAGGGAAGGACGCAAGCACUCUUCUCGUCACCUUUUCAGGCCAGGGGACGUGCCCGUGCCCCGGACAGCACCUGCUGUGUUUUGGCCAAGGCCAACAGCAAGGAAGUCGCCCGUGAGAAGCUCAAUGAGACCCUGGAGGUCCUGAUGGAGAAAGCGAUUGUGUGGGUGCAGCAGCUGCAGCUGCAACAGCCUCAACGAGAAUACCGCCUAAAGGUAAAAGGACGUCUUGGGGAAAGGGGGUGGCUGGUGGAUGCACAGAGCUGAUAGAAGCAAGGGUGGAGGAAGCCAUUGGUAAAGGAGUAAAACCAUGCAUUUUUUGGGGGGUGGCCUUUUUUGGAGGUGGGGAGAGAAUAACACACUUUGAGGCAAGUAAUACAUGCAGGAAAAUCACAUGGUUGAGCUCUUCAUGGACUAUCUCUUCAGAAUGUGGAGGGGGGAGAUGCACAUCUGAAUGCUCCCUCAUGUAUAAACAUUAAAAAAUACCCGGAGAAACCAGUGUAGCUAUAGGGGGUUGUUGCUUUUUCAACUCAAGGCCCACAUUCCCUAAUUGGGAACCUUCAGAGGGCCAUAUGCCAGUGAGGGGGAUGGGAGGCUGGGGGCAAAACAGAACAGACAUGACUCUUAUUUAUCUAUAUAUAGUAAUUCAAUUCCUGCCAUACAAAAGUCACGAGGUCAAUUUGUGCUCACUCACACCCCUUUCCGUUUGGGCAAGUGAGACACUAUCAGAGUUCAGGGACACCUGGGAGAUGCCAGCUGAGGCAGGCACACACUCUGCCUUCCCCCACCAGCAUAUGGGGUGGAGGAGUGUAGCGGGGGGGGGGGGGGAGAGCGAGGCUCAGCACAUGACUGAGAACAGCUGGCCUUGAGGGUUGAAAGCAGUAGGAUAAACAAGGCAAGUCAGUAAUUUACUUAGAAAUUAACUCCUAGAAUAGAGGAAUAGAGGAACAGAAUUGUAAGGGUUCUGCAAUCAGAAUAAUUGAUCAAAAGAUGCUCCUGUGGGCAUAUAGGACUCACCAUAACCCCUCAGUGAAUGAUAGAUGGUUAAAGAGCUCUGAGGGCACAAUGAGCCUAAGCAAAACCCUUAUGACUGAAGGGAAAACAGUGAGUCAUCUCGCAGACAUGUUCCUGCAAAAACAUUCAAGUAAGGUAUGGAGCAGGCCUGGGAACGGGUGUGGCCUUGGAAAAAUCCCAAGGGCUGGCUAGAGAGGGCUGCAUUUGGCCCCUGCGCCUGAGUGUCCAACUAGGUCUAAGGAGACCCAGUUUCUAAUCCUCUCCCCCCCAUGAAGCUCAUUGGGUAGCCUUGGGCUACUCUAACCUACCUCACAGGGUUGUGAGGAUAAAAGGGUGGAGGGAACCAAGCUCUUUGGAGGAGAUAGGGAUAUAAAACUAGUCCAUUAGGGAGAAAGUUAGGUUAGGAACCUUCUCUCCAAAGCUCUGGGGUUUCCUUGAACAGGAAGUUGUGCUGUUCGUUUUUAAUUAGGGGGCAUUCUGAAGUGGUACAGCCCUGCAAGACCUUCAACAUCCUGAAUAUGUAGCUUUGCUGUGGGGAAAAGAUGUUAUUGCUCAUUUAAGGCACACAGAGGGCUAUUGCAAUUUUCAUUUGUGACAGUCCUAGGAAGAGAGGAAAUUGCUCCCAUUUUGUAUAGGGGAAAUAGUGGCUAGCCAUUACUUUCUCCAGGUCUUUCAGGAACAGUUAAGCUGAAGAAGAUGUGAAACAUGAAAUGGUAUUAAUUGGACCAUGUUGUCUCUGAAUAAUUAAGCUAUGAAACACUGAAAGAAAGUAAGCUAAGACUUAAGCAAUGAUUUGCUGUGCAGCUAUUUUACGUUUUCAAUGGGUAGAACAAAAGAAGCAUUGGUGGGAGUACAUUGGGAGAGGAAUGCUCUCCAGCCUUGCGAACCUGAAGAAAUGGAGGGUGGUGGGAGGAGAGUCUAGAAUGAAUUUUUUAGAACCAGAUUCUCUGGCUACUUCUCACCUGCAGGCUCUCCCGGCUCAGACCCAAUUAGCUAACUCCCUUUGUCCCUCCUAGAUUGAAAAGCUUCAGCGUGACGCUGUUGUCGGCCGCAGGGUGCGGGAUGCUGAACGCGAGCAACAACGCCGCCUGCACGAUCCAGACUCUGUGUGCUUCUACUGCAUCAACUGCAAUGUGGCAGUCUGCUAUGCCAGCGACCUGCGCCUAAUAGAGAAUAUGCACCGCAUAAACAUCAACCCCGACUUCAGGUGAGUAAAGGUAAGAAGACCAGAAGCUUUCAGAAUCUCCAUUCUGCUUGCCUCAUCCAAACAGGAAGCAACAGGGGAGACAACCCAGAGUGUGGCUGUUGCUCUGCCAACUUUGGCUGAGGUUGACCCAACGUUUUUCUAAGUCAGAGCUGGCCCAACCAACUUAAGCUUGUUCACAGAAUGGAAGAGAAAGGGACUUGUUACGAUAUUGAAUCAAUGCAGCCGCGAGCUGCUGGUAGCUUGAAAACAAAACAUAAUGGGAAUGUUGGGACUGUUCCGUGGGAAACAGAGGGACAGUCAAUUCACAGUGCAGAGGGCACCGGAAUUAGCUCAGAGUGUAAUAUGAGCUGUACAGGAAGUACAGGAGGAUUUUGUCUCUCGACUGCUGGAGCUUGAAGAGAGCAGUCAUGAUUUUUGUAACGCUGCAAAGACAGAAAUAAAGGAAUGUAAAUACGUUUCUGUCUAUCUCUUUCCCCUGCCUGGGGGGGCAGGAAAGAGGGGGUGUGUUCUUCUCACUCUGAGAAGGAUCGCCUAUCGUGCCUAGCCUGGAUCCUGCCGGGAAUGCAGACAGGGAGGUCAACAGGAGAUCAAGCCGGGUGCCUGGAGAGUGGCCAGUUUCUCCUGAUAAAGGCUUGAUUCCCAACAGGACUUUGGUCCUCCUCCUCAGUAUUUUUUAAUAAAAAGAAGGGCCUCAGAUCAUCCAGGCACAGUUCUAAGAAUAUGCACAAUAUAUGCCUAGAUCAUAUCAAAAGGCCAUCUGUCACCAGAUGUUGUUGGACUACAGCUUCCAUCAUCUCUGACAAUUGGCUUUGCUGGGUCUUGUGAUUCCAGGAACAUCUGGAGUGCCACAGAUUGGCCAUCCCGGUGGAAGGCACUAUGCAUGCUGAUGAGAAACUAUAAAUACUGCUGCUGCUUGAGUUGAGGAUCAGUCAAAAGCGUUGCAAUGCAGCAGUAAAGUCUUAGCCUGCAAAGGGCUUUGUACUGUUUCAGUGAAACUGUAACAGUAAGAGAAUGAGAAGUGCUCUGGGGAUGCAAACCUCUUUGAGGUCACCUGUGACAAAAAGUGGUAUCUAAACACAGUAAACAAUCCAGCAUAUUUUUUUUAACAGCAGCCAAACACAAUGUGAUGGGAUGAUGAGCUGCUUGUGCGUAAAAUAGUAUCCCCUCAGAGUUUGUUCAAGUCCACAAACCUCUGUCUGUGACGGAGCCCCUCAGACAUGGCUCCUCUAGUCACUAGCAGAUUCCGACAGUGGUUGCUUUGAAUCGCUUCCAACAUAAAAGCUCCUUAACGGAAACACGUCUUCUGGACUCUCUGCGUGACAGUUUCCGGCGAGGAGUGGGUGUUCCUACAGGAGGUCCUGAAACCUCCCCACUGUUUUCGCUGGAAGUGUCUCUGAGCCAUCCCUCCAGCUCACUUUCCCUCAGCUCAGCUCCUCUCCCCUACUGGUUCCCUCUUCAGCUGCUGAGUCUCUCCCAACCUGUGUGAGCCCUUUCACCUCCCUUCCUUCCGAUGGCAGUUCCCUGACAUCCACCUCCCCUCCAGGGCCCCUUUCACCCCCUCUCGCCCCUCCUCUACGGGCGGUGAGGAGGCAAAACCCGGAAUGAACUUCCUUCAUCUUCCGAUGUCUCGAACACUUCUCUCCACCUGUUGCGGUUCCUGGUCUCGAAGUACUCCUCCUCCUCAGAGUCCAUCUCCCCUUCCCCUUCCGAGUCCGGGAAUCCUUCCAACUCCUCCUCCUCAUCAGUGGUCCCAAAGUAUUCCCUCCGGAACCUCUCCACAGGCUGAGGUUUCCUUGGGAACCUUUGAUGGAACGUUUCUAUCAAUACCUCGUCAUUGAUAUCUUCGGCCAUUACCCAAGUGUUUUCUGACUCCGGUUCUCCUUCCCACGCUACCAAAUACUCCACCUGAUCCCCCUUCCACCUGGCGUCGAGGAUUUCUGCCACAUGGCUGCUGCAUUCUCUUUCUUCUAUGACCGGUCCCCGAGUGGCCAUCCCUUCUCGUCCCCCUUCGUACGGUGACAGUAACGACCUGUGAAAUACUGGGUGCAGUUUCAUGUGGUUGGGUAACCGGAGCCUGAAAGCCACUGGGUUGACCUGUUGAAUGACCUCAAAGGGACCCAACCUCCUGGGUCUUAAUUUCUUACAACCUUCUUUGAACGGCAACCCUUGGGUUGACAGCCACACCCUAUCUCCCACCCUUAUGGUUUCACCUUCCCUUCGGUUCUUGUCUGCCUGCCUCUUGUAUUCUUCCUUCGCCCUUUCUAAGUUGAGUUGGAGCUGACGAUGGAUUGCUUCCAUUUCUUCCACAAAAUGCUCGGCUGCCGGGACGCUCCAUCUCUCCCCAUCUCCCCUGGGAAAGCCCUGGGAUGACACCCAUAAUUAGCCAAGAAGGGGCUCAUCCCUGUGGACACAUUCUCGGCAUUGUUGUAGGCAAAUUCCGCCAGCGCCAACUUUUCUACCCAGUCAUUCUCUCUGUCAUUGACAUAACACCUCAGGUAUUGCUGGAGGACACCGUUUGCUCUUUCCGCCUGCCCGUUGGUUUCAGGGUGCCGGGCAGUCGAAGAAUUGACCUCCACCUGCAGUAAGCUCAUGAGCUUCCUCCAGAACCUGGAAGUAAAUUGUUUUCCUCGGUCUGAGACCACCCUCAAUGGCACCCCGUGCAACCUAAAAAUGUGUUCUACAAAUAACUUCGCUGUCUCUUCCGCCGUGACUGCAUGCGAGCAAGCUACAAAGUGGCACAUCUUUGUUAGUAGGUCUACCACCACCAUGAUGGCUGUUUUCCCUUUGGACUUCGGCAGAUCAGUCAUAAAAUCUAUCGACACUGCCUCCCAAGGUCGUUCUGGGGUUGGUAAGGGUUCUAACAGCCCCGCCGGCGCCCGCCUUUCCCCUUUGGCUCGCUGGCAUUGCUCGCACCCUCUUACAUACUCACGUACAUCUUCCCUCACCUUAGGCCACCAAAAUUCCCUGGUGACCAACCACAUGGUUUUGUGUUGUCCAAAAUGCCCCGCCGUAGGGCUGUCGUGCAACUGCUUGAGUACCCUCCCCCCUUAAGUCUCCUUCAGGGAUAUACAGUGCCCCUUUGUAAUACAAAGCUCCAUUUCUUUCCUCGAAACCCCCUGGUUCCUCUCCCUCACCCCUAAGACCUCUGAGUUUAUUCUGGGCGUAUUCAUCAUUCUCUGUUUCCUCUACCAGUUCUCUUUGUCCCACCAAUGCCGCCCCACACACCCAGCGGUCCUCUGGAAUGACAUGUCUCUCUUCGGUGCUCCCUCCCUCCAAAUAUUCAGGUUUGCGUGAGAGAGCGUCCGCCCUAAUGUUCUCUGGGCCUGGCACGUAACCAAUCUCAAAGUUAAAUUUGGAGAACUCCUGGGCCCAUCUCACUUGCCGUUGGUUGAGCACUCGUGCCGUCCUCCAAUACUCUAGGUUCUUGUGGUCAGUGCACACUUGCACCUUAUGUUGUGCGCCAAUUAGCAGGUGCCUCCAUCUCCGGAACGCCUCAUGAAUGGCUAGUAGUUCUCGGUCAUACACCGUGUAGUUCGUCUCGGAUUUGUUCAGCUUUCGCGAAAAAAAAGCACACGGUCUCCACUCUGACUCCUCCUUCCCUGGCUGCAGAAGCACCGCCCCAAUCGCUCUGUCUGAUGCGUCAGUUUCCACUCUCAUCGGUUUUUGUAAAUCCACAUGCAGGAGUUGUUCCGAGGCGAAGGCCCUUUUUAGUUCCUCAAAUGCUCGCUCCGCCUCCUCAGUCCAAACGAACUUCUUCUUACUGCUGAGACAGUCCGUAAUGGGCGCCGUCAGGUGGGCAAAGUUUCGGAUGAACUUACGAUAGAAGUUCCCAAAUCCUAGGAACCUCUGCACAUCCUUCCUGGUUUUGGGUGUUUUCCAUUCCAGCACCGCCUGGACCUUGCCGGGAUCCAUGGCCAAUCCCUUGUCUGACAGGCGAUACCCCAGGAAUUCCACCUCCUUGGUAUGAAACUGACACUUCUCCAGUUUCACCCACAGCUGGUUGGCUUGCAGCCUGCUCAACACUUCUCUGACGUCUCUCACAUGCUGCUCCUCAUUCUCAGAAUACACCAACACGUCGUCUAAAAAGGCCACACAAUUCUUGUAAAGCAAAGGCCCCAGGACGUGGUUCAUAAACGAUUGAAAGCAUGCGGAGCCUGCUUGUAGGCCGAAGGGCAUAACCAAAUAUUCAAAUGCCCCUAAAGGGGUGAACAUGGUGGUUUUCCAUUCAUCCCCCUUCCUUAUUCGUAUCAGGUUGUACGCCCCCCUUAGGUCCAGCUUUGUGAAAAUCUUUCCCUUCCGCACCCUUGUCAAAAUGUCGUCAAUCCUGGGCAUAGGGAAGGCCACUGGUUCUGACACUGCAUUUAAGGCCCUGAAGUCACACACCAGCCUCGGCUUGUUCGUGUUUUUUUAUCCACAAAAACACUGGGCUGCCCCCACCGCCCUGGACUCUCUGAUGAACCCUCUCUUCAGGUUCUUGUCAAUGAACUCUCUUAGCUCCUGCAUCUCUCUGUCUGACAUGGCGUACAGCUUGCCUACAGGGAGCUGUGCCCCAGGGAGUAAAUUGAUUUGACAGUCAAAGGGUCUAUGCGGGGGUAGUUGGUCAGCUUCCCUUUCGCUGAAGACGUCGCGGAGAUCUGCGUAUUGUCGUGGUACCUUCACGUUCUCCGUUACUUCAGUCCCUGCUAGGGUGGCUUGGGCCCCUGCCAAACCCUUUCCCUCUUUGCAGUGUUCUAAGCAAUGUGCUGAACCAAAAGAAACCACUCUCUGAUGCCAGCCCACCAGCGGAUCAUGUAACGCUAGCCAGCUCAUCCCCAAUAUAAUGGGAGCUCCUCCCAAGGUGGCCACAUUAAACGCUAUCAGUUCGGUGUGCCUUGCCACCUUCAUUAUCAUUGGGACGGUCUGCAAGCUGACUUCUCCUCCCAACAGCUCCCUACCAUCGAUCGUGGUCACCUGCAGGGGGUUGCUUAAAGGGAUCGUCUGUAUCUGGUGUUCAGCUGCAAACUCUUUGCUCAUGAAAUUGCAGGAGCUGCCUGAGUCCAACAGCGCCUUUAUCUUUAGAGGGUGUCCGUUUGGCAGCUCUAGCGCCACUUCUAUCACUAGGGCGGGUUUAGGAGGUUCUGGCGUGGGCACUCUCACUGCUCUUUGGCCUGGCUGCUGUGCCCCGACGGUGGCAGCCAGGCGUUGGCUUUACUUGCUCCGGUAUUUCUUCCUCUCUUCCCUCCACAGCUCCUACCAUCCCUUGCCAUUCCUUCCUCUGGGGGCAGACUCUGGCAAAGUGACCUGGCUGUUGGCAGAGAUAGCAUUUCCGGGCGCGUUUUCCCUCCUUCUUUCCCCCUCACUGGGCUUUGAAACUGCGCGCGCGCGCUGUUCCGAUUUCCAUCGGCUCUGCCGGCGGGAAAGUUGGCUCUGGAAUGUCUGGAAUGCGGAACUCCUUCCAACGUUCCCCUUCCCUUCCCGCCUCUCCAAUGCUCUCGCCUCCUGGCGCGCUCCUAUGGUCAGCGCUGAUUUGGUCAGCUGGUCCAUAGACUCCGCCCUGGGCGCCCGGGAAAGUUCGUCUUUCACAGCCGAAGAAAGCCCUUCUUCAAAGAGCAUUUGAAUGGGUUCCGCCGAUAAGUCCCACCCCAAUCUGUGAACCAGCAUGGUGAACUCAGUCCAGUACUCACGGACAGAUCGGCUCCCCUGUUUGCAAGCCAUUAACUGUCUGCGCACCACUCCCUGUUCAAUAUCGCUGGAAAACAUCAGAUCCAUGGCGCGAAAGAACUUCAUCGUGUCCUUUAGGACGUCACUAUUCGCUGCCAUCAGGGGUCUAACCCAGUCUCUCGCCCCCUUUUCAAGAUGCCCAAUCACGAAAGCCACUCGUGAUUCCUCGUCAGGGAAUUCAUCAAACUGCAGAUUGAGGGCAUAUUGCAUCUCUGUCCGAAAGCCAUGAUAGUCUUUGGGCUCACCCCCAAACUUCUGCACCAAUCCUGGUACCUUUCUGGCGAGCUGGGUGGCUUUCCCCUUUUUGUCUGCAUCCUGAGCCCUCCUCUCCUCAAGCCUCGCCGUCUGCAGCGCUAGCUGGACCUCCAACACCCGGUACCUUUCUUCCAGGCUUGGACCCGCUCCAGCUCCUGCUUCUCCGGUUCCGGCUGGGUUGCUCAUGAUGCCUUCUCCCGCACAAGCAGCUUUCAAAGACUGUCGGAAUGCUGUGAUGGGAUGAUGAGCUGCUUGUGCGUAAAAUAGUAUCCCCUCAGAGUUUGUUCAAGUCCACAAACCUCUGUCUGUGACGGAGCCCCUCAGACAUGGCUCCUCUAGUCACUAGCAGAUUCCGACAGUGGUUGCUUUCGGAAUCGCUUCCAACAUAAAAGCUCCUUAACGGAAACACGUCUUCUGGACUCUCUGCGUGACAGUUUCCGGCGAGGAGUGGGUGUUCCUACAGGAGGUCCUGAAACCUCCCCACUGUUUUCGCUGGAAGUGUCUCUGAGCCAUCCCUCCAGCUCACUUUCCCUCAGCUCAGCUCCUCUCCCCCUACUGGUUCCCUCUUCAGCUGCUGAGUCUCUCCCAACCUGUGUGAGCCCUUUCACCUCCCUUCCUUCCGAUGGCAGUUCCCUGACACACAAGCAGGGCAUAGAUUAGAGCCUUCCCUUUUGUUUCCACCUGGAAUUUAAUUUUUAAAAGGGAUACUGCUACUAAACAUGGAAAUUCAGUUUUGUUGUUAUGGCUGCUACCUAUUCAUAGACCUUUCUGCCUUGUAGUUGCACAGUCUUUUUUUUUUUUUUUAAAACACCUUCUAGGUAGUCAAAAGGCAUUUCCUGUAGCAAACUCCAUAAAGUGAAGAAUGCCUUUUCAAAAAAAUAAUUGAACCUGUUAGAUAUGUAAAGUUUUAUGUAGUUGUGCAUAGGGGUGGGCACCUGGAUGGAAGAGCUUUUGUAUAUGUAAUGCUUAUGGCAUGUGGUGCAGUAUUUACAACAGAACAAAAAGGAGGCUCUCUGAAAAUGACCCUCAAACACAUUACCUUUCUACUCAGCAACUGAAAUAGGUAUCUAGGUUGCAACAGAUUUGUGUAUUCAGCUAGUCUCACAAGCAAGAAAUUAAGUAACCAGUUUGUUGUUGUUCCCUAUUUAGUCCGUACUACAGAGCAUCACAUAGCCAUGUGAUGAUUCCUCGCGAGUUUAGGGACUGGAAGCCAGGCAGCUCCAUCAGCUGCAGUAAUUGUGGGCAGGUAAGUGCAACCAGGGCUUAGGCAUUACUGCCGUAGGGUGCAUUUUUGUUAAUUCGCCUACUUUUGGGACUUUUUGUUGUAUUUGAGGAGAGAGAAUGGGUGGCUAGGUAAAGGAUUGUAAGAUUUGGGACAAAGGAUACGACCAGUCUCAUAGCCACUAGAUUCAUUCUUGUGACAACACCCACCUUCAGCCAGUUUUUAAAACUUCCAAGGUCUGUAAACCUGGACAUCUCAGUAAGAGAUGCCAGAUUCCAUAUUUGAACAUGUAGCCAUGUAAAUUCCUUGAUUUCCCUAAGGUUUAAAUGCUGUGUAUCUCUCCCUUUCAUGGGAAUCUGUAAUUAGUCUAGGGAGUAGCUACUCUACAGAAGAGGUCUUGGGAGCAAGGGGCGAGGGUGUAUGAAGCCUGGCAGUAGGCUACAUGUUUCACCAUUAAUUAUGGGUUCUAGCCCCAAGGGAAUUGUGCUCACUCUGCCUCCUGCUCUUCACAUUACUUCUGUCCAACUGGGCGUGAGGAAACCUGUUGUGUGGCUGAGUCUUCUAACUGGUCCUUGGAGCUAGAAUAGAAGGCAGAACAUGCAUUACAGAUCAGUAGGCAAGUGCCAAGAACCCAAUCAGCCAAGCUCCAGUAAUUAAACCUUUGCAAAUAUUAGUUGGGUGCAGCUGAAGGUGAAAGAUGCAAAAGAGGACAGGUUGCAUGACCACCUGCUGAAAUUCCCUCUUCUCCCCAACUAGUCUGUAUUUUGAAACUCUGCACCUCUAGGCCACCCAUGUAGAACAAAGUUACAUACAGUCAAGCUUGCUGAAAUCAAUUAGCCUCAAGGUGUUUAACUACAUUGGAUUGAGGAGCUGGACUACAUAUCUGAAUGGUUGUUUAAUAAUAAUAAUAAUAAUAAUAAUAUUUACACCCCAACAAAAUAUUAAAAUACAGUAAUGCAUCAAACAUUAAAAGCUUCCCUAAACAGGGCUGCCUUCAGAUGUCUUCUAAAAGUCUGGUAGAUGUCGUUCUCUUUGACAUCUGGUGGGAGGGUGUUCCACAGGGCGGACGCCACUACUGAGAAGGCUGGUUCCCUGUAACUUGGCUUCUCGCAGUGAGGGAACCGCCAGAAGGCCCUCGCCGCUGGACCUCUGUGUCUGGGUAGAACAAUGGGGUGGAGACGUUCCUUCAGGUAUACUAGACCGAGGCCACUUCAUAAAUUCAGUAUUCUAUCAGACAAAACAAAAUGCAUCCAUUUCUCCCUAGAGAUUAUUGGCUUGAUUAUGAAACACUGUAGGGUUCUUUCCUAAUCGAUUAGUCUUAAAAUUCCUAGGUCACAGUUCAGUGAAAAUGGUUUUGUGUUUUGUCUACUUUUGGCAUGGGCUAAUGCUUUCCCCAACUAAGUGGCACCUUUUGAAACCUGGGUGGGCCUUGCCAAUAACCUAACCGACCUGCUUUUUCUCCAUACAGGAAUGGGGCAUGGAAAUGAUCUACCGAGAAGUCAAACUUCCCAUGCUUGCCAUCAAGCAUUUUGUGGUGGAAACUCCAGACGGCCGAAGGACCUACAAGCAGUGGAGCAAAGUUACCUUUGACAUCAAAGAGUUUGACUAUUUUGAAUACUGUACUACUAAUGCCUUGCUGGACAGCUAAGACAUGGGGGAAAAGUGAAAAAUGAACUAGUGCCCUCUAAUAUACCCAGUGUUUUGCAUCCAUAGGACAUAAUGUCAAUAACCAUAAUGUCAUAAUGUCAAAUCAAUGCAUAAUGCCUUUGGGAAAACACCAGAGGCUGGAAGAUGAAAGUUGGGGAAAUUCUCAGGAACAUUUCAUAAAAAAGGUGAUUAGGGUGGGAAGAGAAACUUCACGGCCACUAACAAGUCUUAUCUACCUGAAAUGGCUGUCUGGUUCUCUAAAACAAGAGGCUGGUCAGGGAAAAUGCCUUAUAUGAGUGAUGUCAAACUUGCAAUUAAAAUAUAUAUUUUAGGGAGGGCUGGAUUCUAUGAAGGAAGUCUGUAGGAUGUGUUUGUGUGUCUUGCCGUAAAAUAUUCCACAUCCCUCAUGCAGUCUGGUGUAUAGUGUCACUCUAUCAACCACUGCUUGUUGUUUUUUUUAAUUGGAUCUUGCAGGGGCUGAUCUAUAACCUGGAAGCCCACUAGAUUUGUAAUUCUACUAUGAUAUAGUCUAUAAAAUAAACAAUAUUAACCUACA